AAAUAGUGGGGAACAUUGGGCCCGCCGGUCGCGAUACGCACGUCGGAGACGCAGACGUCCACAGUGCGACGUUCUCGGUUGUCUGGACACUUACGGCUACUCGCCGCGCGUAUAAACCCAUAACGCCGCCGUCUCUCUCCGUUCCGCCGCCGAUUAUAAAUUGUAUUAUUACAAUUUUCGUCUUAAUAUCCGUCGUUUUAUUAUUUUUCUCAUUCAGUGGACACACGGUGCACGUACCGUACGGACGUGUUUAUCAGCGGACGCCGCUUGCUCGUAUCCGCGUGAUCGCCGUCGCAGACCAUUGGACCGCGGCCGAUGAUUAUUUUUGACGAUAGUAAUAAUAUUGUUAUUUUUUUAUUAUUACAUAGACACCGAUAUGUCGGUUCGAUAACACCGAAAUACUUAAUAAGUAACUAAUACCUAAUAUUAUUAAUUAAAUACCUAAUCGCGUAUUUUCGACAAAUCGGAAUGAAGUUUUACGCGUUCGGCCGGAAUAUAAUAUUAUUAUUAUAUACCUAGGUACCUGAUAAUAUUAUUAUUGAUCGUUAUUAUUUUUUUUUUUUGUACCUACUCCGCGUAAAGUUUGCCUUUUGUAUUUCUCGUCGUCUACGUACCGAGUAAAUUGCCGGUAGCGAAAUCGUCCGCUGCUAUCGCGUUAUUCCAGUGUGCGAUAAUAUUAUUAAUAUUAUUAUAAUUAUUGUUGUUCGAUUUUGUUUAUUCGGAGUUAGUACGUCUACUGUUAUACAAUCAGUAGUAGCCCGUGUUGUACUGCACUCGGACGCGCGCGUUUUCUUGCUGUCGUUUGUGCGUGCGUGCACGCCGGCGGUUUGUGUGGUGCGUAUUCCCGUGGCCCGUCAGCUGCGCCCGUGUUUGUUGUGCGCGCGCGCACGCUUGUGUGCCGCCGAAGUCUUCGAUAGUGUACCUGGUAAGUAAUCCGGGGAAAAAACAAAUAUAAAAAAAAAAAACAAAAUAAUUUAACGAAAAUAAUAAAGUAAAUAGAGUACGAUUGUAAUAAUAACGACGGUAAUAACAUAGCGCCGAACGAGUCGAAUCGUGGUGGUGUCGGGUCGGACGAUGCGUUUUAUUUUUUUCCGAGGGGAUUGGACCGCGACCGUGUGUUUCUCUCGUGCACACGCGGUGUACAACAACAACAAAAAUAAUAAAGCCGGCGGCGGCGGCUGCUCGUACUUCGAACGUGUAGUGCAACCGUUGCUGCUUCUGCCGCGGCUGUUGCAGUAGCAGCAGACGAGCCGACGUCGUCGACGCGGUCGCGGUCCAAGGACAAAUUUCUGUACACAGCCGCGUUCAAGGACGGAAAAAUUCAAGGUCGUGUUUUCUCCCCGUAUAAAACUACGCACCACACAACGCGAUACUUACGCUCCCUUCCAUCCGACGGCAUAACAAUAAUAAUAUCGUGCCUCGCAAAACACAAUGCUCGUGUCGUCCCUUUAUUUUUCUCCCCUUCUCUCUAUUCCUCUCUCUCUCUUUUUUUCUCUCUCUCUCUCUCUCUCAUCCCUCUCUCUGAAGUAAUGUUCAGGCUUUUUUUUCACCAAUAUUUUCAUCAUCCGUCGUCGUUCUCCCCGCCAACAAGAGAUACCUCUAUUAUACUUAAUACCGUUGUAAUAUUACCGGACCGUCCCGAAAUUCGUAAGACAAUAAUAAUGUUGGAAUUAUUACCGUUUAUGUAUACCUACGUUCGUGUGAUCCCGUUCAUUUCUUUUUAACGAGAGACCGCCAGACGACGACCAGAUAACGGAAUUUCACGUGGUUGUUGGUGUUCAAUUAAACGCAAUCAUAUUAUGGUAACAGCGUAACGUUUAUAAUUUUAUUAAUAUAAUAGUACGUCGCCGCCGUGUGUGCGCCAAACGUUUUAUUAUUGUUAUUCCUCCCCCCUCCCCCCGAGAGUCGUCAAACGUAUAGUAUUAGUUUUAUUAUAAUAUUAUUUCGAUUGAAUUUUUCCGAUUGUUUUGGUUCUUUUUAAAAAAUAUGUUUUUUUAUUUCAUCAUAAGUAUUAUAACAUGGAGAUUUAUUAUUAUUAGAUUCUAAACGUAAUGAAUCUCGAGGAAUUUAUUGGAUCAACUGUGAUAUUGUGUGCUUUUUAUUUUUUUCCGCCUGCAAACGACUGUUCUACCAGAAAUCAAAAAAUUACAAGAAAGGUUUUUGUAUGUGGCAUUUUGGAUUUAUUUGAUGCAUAGGGAGGUCAUUUUUUGAUUUUUCCAAGUAGUUUUCAUAAUAAUUUAGGAAAACCGAAAAAUACGUACUUACAGGAAAGAUUUACAAAUUCACGACAAUAAAGUUUCAUUAUUUUCGAUUUUUUGUUUAUAUUGUAAUUUCUAAUUUGAUUAAAAAUAAAUGUAAACCUGAAUUGAAUUUUCACAAAAAACUAAUAUCAGUAUAUUAGUAUUUUGUGACCUUAUCUAGACGUGGUUUUUAAAACUUUUUGCCGAUUUUUAGUUAUUUAUAGGCAUUUGAAAUUUUUUUAAAUUUGUAUUAUUUCUACUUGAUUAUAUGUGGAUAAAAUGUUUUGGCCGAGAAGGAAUUUAUAUUUUAUUGAUUUUCAUUAGUUAUUGGUAUUCGAUGGUAAAAACAAGAACCAGUUGACCCCAUAGGCACAAAUAACCCAAAUAUUUUUUGAGAGGAUGACUUAACAUCCCGUAAUAUUGAUUAUGUAUACUUAGUAUUUACUCGACAAGGCAUUGGUUGGAGGCGGGGGGGGGCUAAGCCCCUCAUACCUAUCUGUACCUAUUGAUGAAUUUAAUGUAGUAAUUUUGUUUUCUAAGAAUUUAAGUUACGGGAUUUUAUAACAUGUUGAGCCGAACUUCUGCUCAGAAUCAUCAACAUUGAUUUAUCGUUGUGUACCUAUUAUGUGAAUUCAAUUACUGUAUGUAUUCUAUUUUCCCUACUUCCUAAAUUAGUCAAUUUCGAUAAAAAUAGUAAGAAUUUAUCUCUUGGAAUACGGUUUGGGUACUAUACCUGUACAAUUUUUAAAAUAGAUAUUAUUUUUGUGUAUUUCUAUAAUGUCGUUGAUAUAUUAAUAUUUUAAUGAUAAUAUUAUUGAUAUAAUUUUGUCUUUUGGUUUAUAAUUGUAUAAUAAUAUCGCAGUAGGUACACGUGGGGCGAACGGAAUAGUUUAAAAACGGGCGCAUUGUUUGAUAAAAUUUUAUUUCAGACAGAAACCGACCGCGGCGGUUAUUUGGUUACUUACAAUAAUUAUUAUUAUCGGAGUCAGGCUUAUCGUGGAAACUAUUGUAUUUUCGGUUUUUCUUGAAAUAUAAAUUAUACUUAUCAAUUUUUAAUAAUUAUUACAACAGACGGGUAUUCCGUAAAGUUCUAAAUGUUAUAUUUCGUAGAUAGAUCUCGGGUUUCCAUUCUGAGAGACACUCGGGUUUUUCCAUAUACGGUAAUAAAAAUAUUAUUAUUAUAAUAUCGAGGCCGUAAUGUAUUAUAUUGUAUGAUAUAUUAUAUUACGAUAACGCGAUUGUAUUAUGAAGAUAAACGCGCGGGUAGGGAUAUCUAAUAGUAAUAAAUUGAUGUAUAUUAUGUUAUUUCCAGAGGACGUGAUACCCACAUGCCCCAUGUGUUGUCGACAUAACAAGUUCAGCAGGGACGUCAUUGCGCUGUUGGUUUCAAUAUUUGAGUGAAUCGAUAUAAUAUUAUUAAAUUUACAGAUAAGAACGCUAUCUGUUCAACAUCUGCGUUAUUUUUUUCGAUAUUUUACUUUUAAAGCGAGAUAUAAUGCAAUAUAAUCAAAAUAUUACAGUUUAAUAACACGUCUUGUAUCUAGCUUGAAAAGUAAAAUGUCUAAACAAUAACGUCAAUCUUACGUACGCAAUGUUUCGUUCUUAAAGUUUGAUAACUGAUCAAUUCUCUAAUAUUGCCCAAACCAACAGCACAAAGUUGUUCCUACCGAAUGCAAUAUUGUGCUAUGUCGCACGUUUCCAAGACGCAGACAGCACAUGCGGGUAUACGUCCUAUUGAAUUAAAUUUAUUAUUAUUAUUAUUUUAAAAUGUGCGCGCUAUUAUUGUUCUGAUAGUAGCGACGGGACAGAUGUGAUGGGAUGGUGAGAGGGGGGGGGGAUAUAAAAACCAAGAUAAUAUUAUUUACAACGCAAUAUCCGCCGCCGCGUUCCUUCGGGCGUUUGAAAUUCGACACCCUCAAAAUAUCAUAAUAAUAAUAUGUUUCACGUGUGCGUUGUGUUGUUGUUGUUAUGAGAAGGUGUGUUGGUUUAUUUUUAUUUUUGUGUGUGUUCACAUACAAUGGGCCGCACGGUCCCAAAAACCGCGUCGUUGCAACCUACCUCACUACUAUAGUAACGCGUAACACGAGAAAAAAAAAUAUAAUAAUAAUACCGAACAAUAAUAUUAUUAUAAAAUAUAUUAUGCUACUACGCGUUUUCCAGAGAAACCGGCUUAGGUCUCGUGUGUUGUGUUGUUGUUGUCGUCGUUGUUGAGUGCACCCGGUAUGAAAAAAAAGUGAAGACAAAAAAAAAAAAAAACACUUCAUCCAUGUGUCGGUUGCCGCGCGUCGUAAAUCGGUCGCGUAAUAACAUACAGAGUGCUUCUAGAAAUGAAUGAAACGAAUAUGAAUGAAUAAUCGGAACGACAGACGAUAAUAUUUUGAAAUUUCUUUUCCUUCUCCGUUUUUAACACUAGCAAACGAUAUUUCACGCGAAAUGUAUGCUCGUACGAAUAACGCGACGUAUCAUCGCAUCGCUUUUAGUUUCCGAACGUAGUGAGAAAUGUGUUGGUUUUACUACACGCAUUUUAUUUAUUUUUCAUGUCAAUAAUUUUUCUAUCGGAAAUCUUGCUUCGAUUGUCAAAUUUCGUCUAGUCCGUCGUGGAAGUCAUUAUUCGGUUUUCCUUGUAGUUUUUUUUUUUAGUACACUGGAAUAACCAGAUAAAAUACGUAGGAAUAUACCUUUUUCUUUCAUUUUCAAAUAAAACUCGAAAACGCUCGGAAAAGUGUAAAAACUAAUGUCACACGUCGAGAUUCGUAUGAAAAUCUCGAGAAAAAUGUCGUUCGAGUAUUUAUUUUUGCAUAAUAUAUAAUAACAUUCAAGUAAGCACAUUUACUAUUUAUAGUUUAAUCGUGCAGUUCAAAAACACCGUAUUUUUUACGGUUUGAUUUUUUUUUAUUGUCUUCAUAAUAGAAUAACGCACACGAUUCGUUUUUCGUAUAGGCACCUCGUGUAUCCUGAUUAUCGUUUUAGUUUGAAAAAAAAAAUGAACGAAAAAUGAUUAGGUAUUCGUUUUACAUUAAUUCACACACAUUAACACAAUCGUGGGGGGGAGGAUAUCGAUUUUCGAUUAUCUCGUUAUUUCGUCGUUUUCUGUUCAAGAGCACAAACGUGGUAGAUUUAUUAAAAAAUAUACAAAAUUAAUCCUCAAAAUAUCAUUAGGUAGUUUUAUUAAACCGAAUGUGCAAUAUUAUAUUCAUUAUUAAAUAUAAAACCGUGAUCUAUCCGUUCGUUCGUAACGCUUUGCUGAUUUACCAUGGCGACCAAAUAUAAAAUUCAUUAUAAUCUAUCUUAUGUAUGACUUUAAAUGUUUAUUGAAUAUUGACAAACUGAAAUUCGCUUUAAAAGUUCCUAUACUUCGUAUAUAAAAAUUAAUAGUAAUUUGUUCCUCCGUUCUUCUAAAUAGAAAUUCGAUUCAACGAAUUUAUUUCUUCAAAAACUAAAAAAUAAUAACAUAUCUUUGCUCAUAAGGAAGAAUAAAGACUUUAGUUAAUUUUUGGAUUUUUUUUAUAAUUUUGUCCCUUUAUUUUUAGUAUAAAUUGCUUAGGUAUAUACACGACCGGAUUAAUCUCAAUUAUAGUACUAGGCAUAUAUUCCCAUAUAUUCUGUUGUUAAGUCGUCUAAAAUAUAAAACCUAUAUCAUAACUAAUACUAUAGCCGUAAAAUUAUUUGAUAACUUAUGAGUGAUUUAAAAUUCAAAAUUCAAAACUAUUAUGUUACUUAAUCCAUUUCAAUAUGCAUAAUUUCGGGACGUUAUUGUGUAUUACAAGAAAUAAAAUAGCCCCUGUUAUUGCCUCGCCCCAAGCACGCGUCUACCUCGCCUAUACGUUAAUCCGGGCCUGAGUGUAUAUAUUUUCAAAAUUAAAUUCGCUUGUAUUGAAAACUAAACCAAAUUGACUCAAACCUUUCCUUGUCGCUGGACUAAAUAUAAGAACUUUACUGUGGACCCUCUAAAUAUUAAAGUCCAUAUAAUAUCUUGUAAUAAUAGUAUUAUUAAAGUAAUGUUUAUAUUUUAUCAUAAUAUAAAAUCACAUCCGCUUUAAUAAUAAUUAUUACCCCAUGGUGUUUUGUUGAUAUAUAAUGUGCGGUUCGUUGUAGUGUUUUUUGUUGUUUUUUUUGUCAGUUUAUUACUGAUGGUUUUCAACCGAUACGCACGUAAAACGACCACAGGACCGAUAAAAAUGUUUCAUCACACAACAGGUGUCAGAGCAUCUCGUAUUUGUAUAUUAUAAUGUACGAGUCUGUGCGUUUAUGCUAUUUAUAUUGUUCUAUUCGUGUAGUUGGUAUAGAUAACUAGAUAGGCCUCAUUGCGAGGAACAUAAGGAUUAUUGUUCCUAUCCGGCUGUAUUGUUUUCGGCUUAUGUCAAACGGCUUAAAAAUUUCAUUGUUUACUAUUAUAUAUGUAUAUUUUUUAAAAUGUUCGUUCCGGUAAAAAACAAUUAGAAUUUAAAAAAAAAAUUAAAAUUUUUAACUAUAAGUAUCUAAAGAUUUAAGUAUAAUACUAUUGAUUUAUAAAAUUGAUAAUAUAAUAAAGUCAACGGUAAAAUGUACCUUGUAUGAGGACCGAAUAUUUUAUAUUCUUAGCGGAACGAGGAAUGUAUUGCAGGUUUUACAAUGAUGUUUAUUUUUUUUUUUCUGUGGACAAAUUUUCUAUCAUCAAUUUUGGUUCGAUAUACAAUGAGAAAACUUUCUGAAAGGAUAUCUGACUGGGGUGAUAUUUUAGGGAGGUCAAUUUUUUUUGUUUUCCCGUGAGUUUUCUCAAUAAAUAGGAAAAAACGCAGAAAAAAUGGGAAAAUAGGUACAAUAUUAAACAAGUAUUAUUAAAUAAAAUGUUAUAUAAUGUAUAAUAUGUAAUUAUAUUACCAUAAUAUGAAAUAUAUAUAUUGUUAACAAAGAAACUCUAUCAACCGAACUCUGCUCAGAAUCGUUUUUUCAUUAGAAACGGUUAAUUAUUACAAACAGAUAUGAAAAAAAUCCCUUCUAUAUACCCUUACUUCUCAACUUAUCACCUACAACAGUGGCCCACCUAUGUGUGAAGUAUGUCCGUACUUUGUUCAUUUGUUGUUAUACGCACAAAACAGAUAGGGAAAAAAACGUUAAUAACAACAAAUUUUACAAAUAUUUGAUUUUAAAUACACUUGUUAUUAUCGUGUAAACCAAAAUAAAAAACUACUAUCAUAUUAUAUAUGAUAAUAUUAUAAAUAAUAUUAGGUAUAUAUAUAUAUAUAUUAGGGUGGUCCUUAUUUUUGAACUUUCAAUUUUUGAAUUUAUCACCCUCCCAUAUUUUCCGUUAUCAUAAAAAACUAAGUUUUGUUAAAUUUGGUGUUAGGAACUCACCCCUUUCACGAGCCGCAAGAGGGUUGAAAAUUGUUAAAUGGUGUAGUUUUAAAGUUUUUUGUACUUAAUUCAAAAAAUAUUAUACUUAGCUUAAAAAUUUGUAGAAUCUGAUUUAAAGAUCUAAGCAUUUUCUACAAAAAAUAUUCUUACAAUAUUUCUUCUAAAUCUAAUAUUUUUCAAGAAAAAUAAUAUAAUAUUAAUUUGUUUUCAAAUUUGUAUUUUGCUAUUUUUUAAAUAUAUCUGGUAAAUGAGCAAUGUUAUAACAUAACAUAAAAAGAUAAAAUAAAAUAAAAUUAUACCAGAUUACAUAACAUAUUUUUGAAUAUUAAUAACAAAUAAUUUCAAAUAUAUAAAAAGUAUGCACGGUUCAAAUUAUAUUUAAAUAAAAAUUCUUUAACUUAUAUGUAUUAAUUAAUGUCUCCUUUCUACAAUCCGGAUAAUUUGUUUUGUAAUCAUUUACAACUUGUAACAAAAAUUGUUUUUGUUUUUCGUCCUUCGUUAGUAUACUAUUGUACUCUUGAAUUAACUUGACGUCUCUAUCUGUAACAUCAUUUAUGACAAAUAAGUUUGUUAAAAUACUAAUUCCUUUUUGAAAGUCUUCUUUGUGAUUCCAAUUAUCUGGGUAAAAAUUUAGGAAAUCAAAAGGAAAUUUUAAGUCUUGAAAAAAAUUCAUUAUUUCUAGUGACACAAAUUCAUACAGUUCUUUCUUUAAAAAUGUUUCUAUAUCCUCACUACGCAAUAUAAAUUGUUUAUUAUUCGUCUCAUCAAUAUCAAUACUAGGCGUUUAUUUAAUUACUUCUACCGUUAUAAUUUUAAUUAAAGUUGACACACGAGAAUCAAAAAAUAACAAUUCAAUAUUUUCAGGCUCGAGGUACCUUAAAUGACAACAAAAAUUAUGUACAGCUUCCUUAGAAAUUAUAGUAUCUGGGUAUUUUAUCAAUUUCUUUAAAAAUAUAAAAUCGUUGAAUAGGGAAUCAAUUGAAACAGGAUAUUCAAACCACGCUUCUACGUAUACUUUCACUUAAAAAAUACUUAUAUCUUGAAAUGUAUUUUAUUCUCGAACAUAAGUUUAAACUGUUCUCGGAACAUAUAUAUUUUUAAACAGUAUAUCGCUUUCGAUGUCCACCUUACAUGAUGAUAAGCACCAGGAUAAUGAAAGGAUAUACCAUUUGGUAGUUUCGCACCCAGAAAUAUAAUAGUCAACUCUAAUAGUUCUUAAUAAUCAUCUCUAUAUUGUUUUUUUUUCAAAUUGUGAAAACUGUAAUUUAUAAUUUCAGAUCUAUUUCUUUCAACAGUAGAUUUUAACUAUGUCAUCUAUUCCUAUUUUAAACUGUGUUAAAUCAAUUUGGGGCCAUGCAUGUUGAAAUUUUUUAAAAAUAGGAACAUCUGGACCAGUUGUAUUUAAUUUUAAUUUUACUUCGAAUACAUUUCUGAACACUUCUUAAAUUUAGGUAUUGGAUAUUUUGUGCGAUUGCGUAAAAAAUUCUAGUAUAAUAAGUAUUUAUUAAUAUCUAAUUUCUUAAUAUUUAAUAGAAUCAAGUUUUAUUUAACAUUAAUUAAUCUGAUGAUAACAUAAUCAUUAUUAUUAUUAUUUAAUUGUAAUAGGUAAUUUUUUUUUAUUAUUAACGAGGUCAUUAGUAUUUAGUACUGUCUACCUACAUACCUGAUGUAAUACAUAAUACUAAAAUAUCUAUUAUCAGAUUUAUUAUUAUUUCUCAUUAUUAAAUAUCGAGUUAAAUACCAUUAGUUGGGUAUAUUGUAAAUUAACUUAGACAUUAGGUUCGUUUAUACAAAGAUACGAAAUAUUACCGCAAAAAAUAAAUAACCAAAAUUAUCAUUUUUUCUAACUAAACAAAAUCUUUAAAAUUCUAUUGAAUCCGUAGGUUUUAUUGUAGAUAUAUACGAAUUUGGAAGAGUUUUGGAAAUUCUGCAAAUCAACAUGUAACCCCACCUAUAUAAAUAGGUAUGUGAUUUUGACAAAAAAAAACAAACUUAAGAUUAUGUUUUCAAAAAUGAGACCCUGUUCUUUUUGUUAUUUGUUGAAACAAUGAUUGAAGUGGUAAAACAUCAAAGACUAUAUUUAUUUAAGAAAUCCAUCACGGAGAUAAAAUUUCCAAAAUAUUUUUCUCCCGUACACAUUUGUUUAUGAAAAAUAUGCUAAUUGGGUUUAAAAAUAAACUGCACUUCCCAACCAACAAAAAAAACUUUACAUAAUAUAUCACUGUUCAGUUAAAAUAGAAUAUACAUUUAUAUGUAUAAUCUAAUAACUAGGUAUUGAAACAUUUCGUUUUAAUAGAACUAAUUCAAGUUUUUAAAACGCCAUUUAAAAUACCUCAGUGACAAUAAGUCGUCCCCUCAUUUUAACCACUGGACUCAAGAUAAUUAUAACGUUUACCUUUAUCAUUGAGUAAAUCUUUAUCAGGUUUUAAUUACUAUCUAUAAAUUUAAAUGUUUUAUAGUUAAAGGUAUGUAAAUAAGAUUAACAUAACACAACACUCGAGAUAAUGAUGAUCAUUACUUAUCUAGGAAAGAGUUAACUUUUAUCGGAAUUUUUGUUGUUUUGUUAUUCAUAAAGCAGACAGCUCUGAAAUGUUUUUAACGUUAUUUUUUAUCAUCCUUAUUUUUGGGGGUGAAGUCACUAUAUACUUUUGAUUUUAGUUUAAAUACAUUUUGUUAAAAUGAAAUUAAACUAAAAAAUCAUUUAGAUAUUUAUUGCACUUGUAGGUUGCUAUUUAUAAAAGGUGAGUACUGAUAGUGGUUAAUACUUUCCGUUAUAAUUAGAGUCUUAUCGCGGAUUGAUCACUGUAUUAUGUAAUAUACAUUGCGUAAUCUAUAAUUAUUAAUCUUGUUCAUUAAUUAUUAUUUAUUAGGUACAUAUAACGAGAUAGGUACUACCUAUAAUAAUAUUGUAUUAACGCUUUUAAUAACAAGAUUGUACAAAACAUAAUAGUAUCAUUUAAAUUAAAUUAAAAUUAUUUAUGUCUCAUGAUUUAUAUGAAUCGAUUGAUAUGGCCGAUGGGCCAUAGGUUAGCAUUUCAUUUGGUACCUAGCCAAUUGUAAGCAACCAAGACAUUGAUCGCAUUUGAGUACUAAUGUAUAAUUAUUAAUAACUCAAAGAUACUGUGUCGAAUACAUUUUCAGGAACUUUGUAAUGCUUGCAAGCAUACUCAAUAAUAUUGUGUUAAUUUAUUAAAUUAACACAUCUUAAUCCUUAAUGAUUUCAAAACUGUCCGUUCAAAAAAAAAAUAAAAAAAUCAUUAAUAUUAAUAAUAUAUUAUAUAUAAUAUAAUAUAAUAAAAUUAUUCUCAAAUAGAAAUAAAAUAUUAUUUUAAAGAUCAAUCCAAACAAUUGGUGCUGAAUUAGGAAUUUUACCAAAUUAUAAAUGUUUGUUAAAUUUAAUUAGUUGAUUUUAGGCUUCAGUUAUUAGAUUUAGAAAAUUUAAAAACAUUUAGUAUACCUACCUACCUACCUUUUUUUCUGGAACUGCAAUCAAUAUGGUGCUUACUACAUUGUAUGAUUUUGAAAGAUGGCGCACAAUAUAAAAUAACAAAAAUGUAAAAAGAAAGAUUAUGAUGAAAAUAGUUAUAAAAUACAAUUAAUGAGAGGAGGGGAACUUUGUCUCUAUGGGCGUAUUCUGGUUAUCGGUUGGAGGUACAUUCGUUUAAAUUAAAGUUACUCUUCUCAUAAUAUUUGUUCAUCAGUCUUUUUGAAUGAGAAAACUAUACUACAAUAUAUUAUCUUUAUUAAAAUUGUGUAUCAUUUACAUUACUUAGAAUCUCUAGUCAUCAAGAAUUGUCGUCAUGUUAAUAUAAAAUUCAGAGAAAAAACAUGAGAUAUUAAAAAGAAAAAUGUAGCGAUAUAAAAAAUUGAACUUCUAUAUUCAUGGUAAAAACAGUGUUGAACGGUUCAAAUACCGAAUAUAUUAACUUCAACCAAAUACAGAAUAAUGUUUUAUUAAUAAUAAUUCAAGUUGAGGUAAUAGAACUAAAAUUACAAUAAUAGUCAAAUUAAACGGUUGUUAAUUUAAUAAAAAUAGCCGUCUCUUUACUACACCUAUUACAUAUUAUAUAAAUUAACAAUUCUAUCAAAAAAUAUAAUAUCUUUUAUCGAUUUGGGCACUUUACCGGUCUGAUUGUGUACAUUUCUAUAUUAUUCUAAACUACAAUUUAAAUAUCAACAAUCGGCAAAAAUGAAAAAUAGGAGUUCCAGACCAACCUUCGGGUUGAAAAAAAUAUAUGUAAACAUAAAUAAUAUAGUUUCAUAUGUAUACUUAAAUUUCGGUUUAACUCGUGCAUCUACUAUUUAUUAUCUAUGAACCUUACAAGAACUAUGGAUAUUAUUAUAUGAUACACUUAUUUUUAAAAACUAUGAGUGAAUUACAUUUAGUUUAAACGUUUAUUUGAAUAUGAACGCAGACCAGUUUUAAAUAUUUUUAAAAAUGUUAAGUUUUUGAUAAAUUAAUAAUAAUGUACCUACUGGUGUUAUUAUAACAUCAAUUCAAUUAUUUUAAUUUAAUAGAAAAAAAGAGCUGAUACUGGGAACGGGUGUGCCACUGUUAUAAUUUGAAAGUUUAAAAAAUAGAAUACAUAAAAGUUAUUUAUUAUAUUUAUUAUAUUUAUUAUUUAUAUCUGUAAUUAACGAUAAACCAUCGAUAAAACCUAAAGUCCGUAAUAUUUUCAAUUUUCGUCAAAAAUUGAUUUUAAAACUUUUAUAUCAAAUACGAUAUUGUACUACAUUGCACUCAAUUUUUUUUUUUACCAUUUAGUAUGACUUAUAAUGAACUUCCUGUCAGACCUUUAUCUAGUCUAACAAUUUUAUCCUCAGAGUACGUAACAAAUAAUAAUUACGUAAAAAACUGGCAUAAUUAAAAUCUCUAUAAAUAGCUCAAAAAUGCUCAAAUAUUUUUAACAUUUUACCACAUAUAGAAAAGGCAACCUUAAGUCUUUUGUCAAAAUGUCAACUCUCAAUUUUGGGAAUUGUUAUGAAUUACCUGAUUGCCCGAACAAUUACCUUAAAGUGUAAAAACCGUAGCUCACAGACACGGAAAAAUAUACAAAAAUACAAAAACAUACAUCAUAGUAAAACCAAAAAAAAAUAAACCUAAAAAAAUAUGUACCAACGUAAAGAUAACGUUUAGGUAUAGUUAUAUCUAAAUAUUUAGCUAAGUAUUGAAAAUACAUAUAAUGUUAGAUAAAAAAAAAUACCCGUGUGCUCCUAGAGCUUCUAGAGUCACUUGAAUUUAAUUUUCUUCCCAUUUAUUUUUUUAUAGUAGAAAUAUAUUUUGCUAAACAAUAAAUAACCGUGUGUAUAUUUUAAUAAAAUAAUACUUGUAUACUAUAUAAUACUAUACAACUAUAAUAGUUUCAAAAAAAAAAAAAAUAUGUGAAAUUUGAUUAUAAAAAUUUUUAUGAAUGUUGGGUUAGGAUUGAAAGUUAAACUCUCAAACUACAUGUUCUUAAAUAUUAACGUAAUACACACACACACAUAUAUAUAUAUAUAUAUAUAAAUAAUAUAAAUAUAUAUAUAUACACAAUAUAUAGUAGUAAUUUGUCUUUGAUUUAUAAUAAUUAAUAUAUUUAUUUAUAAACGCCCGAUGGACACAGUGUAUAUUAUGCUUAAAAUUAUUUUAGUAAAAACUGUAGAGAUGUAUAACAAAGAGUUGCAAAAAUAAGUCAAGUAAGACAAUAUUAGUACUAUGAACUAUAAAGUAAAUAAUUCAAGACAAUAAUAACAAACUUCUUUUAGCUAUUCUUUUUUUUUGUUUUGUGUAGUGUUAUUCUUUAAUUUUUAAAUUUCGAAUAAUCUUAGGAAUUAUUAUAAUAAGUCUAUAUAAUGUAUAAUAUGUAGUUUAAGGAUUUUGAAACAAUUAAUUUUACCUCUGAUUUUAUUGAAACUUCCUAUAAUCUCGGAGAGUGUAUUUUGGUGGGUUAAAUUAUUUUUUAAAAUGCCAUGAUUAAAUUAUUUUUAGUUAUAUUUGGGAUAAACAUUAUUUAAAAAUACGACUAUGGGUUAUUUAUAUUGUUGAAUCUACGAACUAACGUCGAAUGUGGCCUUUUACGAUAUUUUUUCCCGAAAGCCAUAUGGGAUGAAAAGGGAUAAAAUCAUAUUAUGGAUUACUCAUUGUGGAGGAUAUACGCACAGAAGUUGCAAAAACGUUUUUUGAUAUUUCUACAUUUUUUCCUGAACAUCCAUAUGGGAUGGAAAUUAAUAAAAGAGAUGACAACAGAAAAACUAACCACGGAUAAUGUAUAAUAGAAGGUAUACGAAAAAACGUUGUAUGAGAUAUUUUUGAUAUUUUAAAAUGUUUUCCCAAUAGCCAUAAUUAGUGAAAAAUAUUCUUCCAUUACCGUUUUCAAAGAUAGUGUAAUCAUAAAAUCUGAUUGUUGAUUAUUAUAUUGUCAUUGAAAAUAUGAGGGCAUGCAAAAUUUCAAGUCGAUCGAACUACAGGAAGUGGGUCAAAAAUCCAUUGCAAGUUUUAAACUUUUUUAUUUGCGUACUAUUUUCCUAGUAAAUAGAUAUUUUUGGCUUACACAAAAAUGCUCAAAAUAUUAAGAUGAAAAACAUAGACAAUUAUUAUAAUCUAUUUUAUAGUUACAAAUUAAUACAAUGUUCUAUUUAAAUUUAUUAAAACAUGUUUAAAUCUAUGUUAAUUUGAACUUCGCUCAAAAUAUUUUUUCCUUGUGUACACAGAUUUAAAUUAAAUUACUCUAUUACAUACCUACCUACCUAACUUUUGUUGUUGAUUAGUUUGCAAAUAAUUUCCACUGCAGUUAUCUUGCACCUAUAUAAUGGAACAUAUAGAGCAAAUAUCUCAUCAAUUUUUUUAAAUUUCGAUUUUCGGGUAGAACUUGGGUAGGUGAACUUUUGUUUAUAAUUUUUUAAAGAACAUGUGAGUAUAUUGACCUAUAUCAGCUUGCUAAAUUUUUUAACAGUUAAUUUUUAAAUUACCUAAUAUUAACUAGUAAACUCAUAUACUUAAUAUAACUGUUUAAGAAGAAAAACAACUCGUUCCAGGAUAUUGAGUAUUGGGAAGUAGUUGUCCUUCAUCGCUCACCUCGAGCCAGUUUUGUGUAUUAUCAUGGAAUUAUCAUAAAAUAUAAUAUUAUCAAUUUUUAAGUAUAGGUACCUAUAAUGAUUAUUAACGUAUCCGAAAAAUAAUAUUAUAACUGAACCAUGACCUCUAACAUACGUCAUAUAAUAGUGUGUUUAUAAUGUACUUUAAAAAUGUAUAUAGUAUUAAAAAAAAAAAAAAAAUACGAAAUGUAGAAAUUUUGUAUGAAAAAUAUUUAAACGUUCAAGUAUAUACCCCACAUAAAAUUAUGUAUUAUGAUUUACCUAAUAAAUUUUCAAAUAAUAAUCUUCUUUUCUGCAAAUUAUAAUAUUAAUAUAAAUCUAAAAAUAAUUUGUGUUGCAAAAUUUAGACGUUACAGUUGCAAUAACUAUAUCUUAAAAACUUAAAAUUAUACAUUAAACGAAAGUUCGACCAAGGUACUAAAAGAAACCACUAUGAACGUAAUUAAAUAUAAUUUUUGUUGGUAUAGUAUAAUAAUAAUAACUGAAAUAAAUUUAAUCUAAUUGCAAAGGGUGGAAGGCUAUACGUAAAAAUCAAAAAGUCUUGUAAAAAAGUCUGCCGUUCAUCUGAAAUUUUAAGUUAAAAUUUGGUAAUUCUUUUUUGUUAAUACAAGAGAAAAACUUUCGCCACGAAAAACGAAAUAAAAAUAGUACGGAUGAUUUGCGUUCUUGUCGUUCUUGAAUACGUGUAAUAAUCCGUUUAAAGUCAUAUAAAUACCAAAUAAUAUAUAUUUAUUAUAUCUUCAAGUAUGAGUGAAUUUCUGUAAUAUCGCGAUGUUUCAUACAUAAUAUAUUGUUUAUUGAUUAUUUAUUGAAUUUUGAAUGUUUGUCCAAUAUUAUUUUAUUAUUUUGAAUAACUGCUUAAUAUUUAUGAAUUUUAUGCGUGAUGAUUGAGUGCAGAACACCGCCAAUUUCUUAAAGAAACAUCGAAAUUUGACAUUUUAAAGUUAAUAUCCGUAUUAACUCAUAUAUUUAUACGCAAUAUUAUGUAAACAUUUUUUUUUAAAUUCGGAGCGUAACGAGAGAUUUUUAUGUGUUUUUUACGAAAUUUUAAUUUAGUCCGUACGAUGUGAAUAUAAUUGUUUGAGAAAAAAAAGAAAUUCAAAUUUAACAGCAGGUUCAUUAUAAAUAGUACUUAUUAGUGCACCAAAAAAAAAAAAAAAAUAUAUAAUGUAAUAUAGUAAUUUUUUUUUUAAGAUCAAAUUUUGAGGAAAAUUGUAUGUAUAUUACGGAUUUUCAAAUGAUGUUUAAACGAACUUCGCUCAGAAUCGCUUUUCGUUAGCAAUGGUUUAUCGUUAUUUACAUUUAUACAUUAAAUAACUUUAUAUAUCCUACAUUCCCAACUUACCAUUUACAACAGUAUUUUUUAUUUGUUGUGUCUGUAAACAUUUUUUUUUUACCAAAAGUCUUGUUCCAAUCAAAAAUUGUAUAGGAACUUUCUUGUAGCUUUUUGAUCUAGUUGGUAAAUUAAAACAGUCAUUUUUUUGAUUUUUCUUGUAAUUUACUUAACAAAUUGGAAAAAAAAUGGUAAUUUUUGUGUAAUUUUUAUUGGUUUUCUAAUUAUUUAUAAAUUAUAAUACUUUACUUAGAAUCGUUUUUGUUAGUAAUGGUUUAUAGUUGAGUACAAAUAUACAUUAAAUUAAUCUAUAUAUUCUCCCUUCCAGCUUUACCACUAAAAUAGUGGCACACCAAUAAUAACUAGUAGUAGAAUCAGUCUGAAUUUUUUGGCGAAAAAACCGUACCUGUAUGUGUUGUGGUUUUCAAUAGAUAAUUAAUAUUAUGACGCAAAUUUAAUUAUUUUCUUGUGUGGUGGGGAGAGGAGGGGUUUCCGGAGAUAGUUAGUGACGAAGACUAUAAUAUUAUAGGAAAUAAAAUAAAAUAAUAAUUUUUCUUUUUUUUAUAAUCUACCUACCGCGAAAUACUAUGUACGUACGUAUAUUAGUAUUGUUUUUAUUUUUCUGGAUAGAUAUACCUAUUAUAAAUACCUUGAUUAUUUUUUUUCGGGUGCGUCCUUGGAUGCGAGUGGUAAUAAAUUCAGUGAAAAUAAUAAUAAUACUAUAAUAGUAUAAUACGCAUUACCACACUCACCGUACGAGUAUAAUAUUAUAUAUAGGUAGGUAUCGGAAGUAAUGACUGUUUUUUUUUGUCUGUGCGACAACCGACUCGUCGGACGGGAAAUAGACGAAGGGUAAUCGGGGACCGCUGUGUGUCGUGUUUGUGUUAACUGGAAAAAAAAAACGGACGUCCUCAUCAUUUAUUAUUAUAAUACGUAUACGUAGCUAAUGUAUAUAUAUACUAUACAUAUAUACGGCACAUUGUUGCUUAAUUUGUGGGAUUUAAUGCUGUUUACAUCGUGACGAAAUAAUAUAAUACCUUAGUGAUGAGUACGAGACACGUAGGAUUUAAUUUUGGGGAGGUUCAUUAUUAAAAAUUUCAAAAUAUUAAAAUACUAUAGAGUUAAGAAAAACUCCCCUUGGCUAGAUUAUUGAUUCACAUUUCCCAAUAAAUAAAAAUAAAAUAAAAUAAUUCCCAAUAGUUUAUACUAUCGAUACCUUACGUGAAAUAUGUAAUAUUUCUUUCGAAUUUUUUUUGUCAUUACCGAACAGAUAAAUUAUUUUUAUAAAUAGUUUUCGAAUACGAUGAACUAACAAAUAAUUCCAGUAACUGUUCGGCUAUACCUAUAGUUUCCAAAGUAUAUUUCGUCUGAUAGUCGAAUUUCAUUUGAUUUGAACGUAUAGUUUUCAUAUUAUAUUGUACUUUAUAAUUAUGAGGGAGGGAGUACUAUACAAAUAACAUUACCAGUUAUAAUAAAAUAAAAUAAACGUGUUAUAAUUUAAUGAGUUCAAAAAACGAUUUUUUUUUAAUAUAUUAUGGAAAACUAAUUUUUAAUAGUUUUAAUGAUGGACUCUUUUGACCUAAGUAUAAUUUGACCAUCCCUAGUUAAUUGUUAGUCAUAACUAAUGUACCGAUGCACACCAUACACUUGUGUAUCACUUGUAGUAUGAUUUUAUUGACAUUGAUCUACAAAAAGUAUUGAAUUAGGUCCCUAUAGUUAUAUUUUUUAAAUUCUGAGUGUAGCGAAGAAUGUAUUGGUUUUACUAAAAUAUCUAUUCUUUUUAAAUGAUCUUUUGUUGUGUAGGUUUUACUAAUUACUCUUACUAAGUGUUUAAGACCAAUUUGAAUCUUCGACAUGUUAUGAAUAAUUAAGGCAGGGGUGGAUUCAGAGGGGAGAUAGGGGUGAUUGCCCCUCCAACCGUCCACUCUCCAAUAUACUCUUAGUUGUAUAAUACUUUUACCUAGAUUCAUCAUAAAUGCGUGCUUAACAUGCAUUUUCAAAAUCACUCCUGCCUCUUGUUAUAUUUUGUCUUGGAUCCUGGUUCCGGAAUUGAGUAAAUAUUAAUUUAUCUUUUUCUACUGUUAAUAUACGAUGAGCCGUUAACUUUUAUUAAAUGUCUAACAAUACCGUAAUAUUUAAAUAUUAUAAACACCUAAUCUUCUAAAAAAAAAAAAAAAUGAAUAAAAUUGAUAAGAUUGUUUCUUAGCUGUUUGAAAUUAUGUUAUACGAAUCGAUCGAUUUAUUUUUUAUUUAUCACAAUUUAUUAAUGUUUAUCAUUAUAUUAUUUUGUUUGAUUUAUAAUAUUAAUAACUAUCAUAUAAAAAUAUUUCAAAUUUUAAUUUUUAGAUUAUACCAUGACGUGAUAUCAUUUCCAAGUGAUUAAAAUCAUUAAAUUCUCAUUAUCAUUAUUUAUUUUUUAUUUUUUAUUCUAAUCAUUUGUGGCUAAUAUAAUACCUAAAUAUAAUGUUUGUAUUUAUUGUUCAUAUAAACGUAUAUCGUUAUGAAAUAAAUUAUCUCAAAUGUUUAUUGUAAAUUAUUAUUUAUUAUAUCAAUAUGAGUUAAGUACGGGCUAAUCUAUUAUGUAGCUCACUGGAUAUUUCAAAAACUAUUUAUUUUUUUUUUUUUUUUAUUUUUUUGUUUUUGACAAUUUAAGAAACAGUCAGAUUUAAAAUAUUACAUUAAUAUUAUUUUUUGACACCAUUAUUUCUGAGAGUGAAAUGAUAACCUACUUUCGAUUUCAUAUGGCAACUUACAUUUAAAAAUAAUAUUAAUAGAUAAAAUAUUUAUUUAACUAUAUUUUAGUAUUGCAAUUUUUGAUUUCCGCUCAUCGAUUAACGAGAUAAUCCAAUUUUAAGUUAAGGUAUUAGUGGGAUACUUGUGGAGCAUCAUUUGUAUUAUGGAGGCAUGGCGUACGGCGUUUUAAUAUAACCAUAUUAAAUGAAUCUUCCUGUAUGCAUAUAUUCACGUAUUUGUAAAUUAAUUGUACUUGUCUAAUAAUUUAUUGAAUUUAUGUAAAUUAUUUUCAGUAGUCUUUAAUUUUUUUGUUUUUUGUUAUUUAUUAUUAAUAAUAAUUGUAUCGUUGAAUGUAUUAUAACAACUAACAAGAUAAGAUAAGAUUAUAUUUUUAUUGUAAGUUCUAUAUAUAUAUAAAAAAAUAUGGGUCUUAAAUAAUAUUCGUUAUUUAACUUUUAUAAAAAAAAAGUUCUUAUAUCAUUUAUGUUUGUCCGUAAAACGUCUAUUGUGACGGGAUUCAAGUUGAUGUUUUUAUCUUAUCGGUUGGAAUUCUAUCGCUGUAGGUUUUAGAUUAAAUUAGAUUGAAAUUAUAUUUUUUAACUGUUGCUAAAUUUAAAGAUGACAUUUUUUGUCUACUUUUUGUGGUAGUGGUUCCAUUGGCUUGUAACUUAAAUUAUAAUAUUACGUUUUGUUUGUGUUGUCUUAAAUUUUUUGAUGAAUUUAAGUUGUAAAAUAAUAAUUUUCAAAUUCAAAGGUACAUAAUAUAUUAUGUAAAAUGUAUUAUUAUAAACGAUUACAUGGUGUAAUUAUUAUUGACUAUAAUAUUGCCACACGUAAGGUUUUAGAAGAUAAGGUCAAGCUAUCAAAUGCUGUUGCUUAGAGAGGAAGUUUUAAAGGUCCAUUAGCCUGGAAUUUGAAAUUAGAUUACCAAACUAACGCCAUUUUUUGUAAUGAAUUCGUAAUUUACUGUAACUUUUUUUUUUUCAAAUUUUUAACACCCUCCAAUGUCCAGAAGAUAUAAUUUUGUUUUUCGUUGGAUCUUAAACUUCUCUAAUCGGAACCGAACUAAUGCUGUUUUUUUUAAGAAAUUAUAGCACGAUAUCACAUAACACAAUGAAAUAAAAAUAUGCAAGAUACGCGACUCAUAUACCACUUAUGGGACUUAGGCUUGCUCAAUUAAUAAGUGCGAAAGUGUGUGUUUGUUUGUCUUUUUCUCAUGUUGUUACGAAGCGACCGAUCGGUAUGAUUUUUUGCAUAGGAAUAGUUGGAGGGCUGAGUAGUAUUAACUUUUAUCCUCUAGAGGUUUUACUAGAGCAACCAUUCUUGCAUUUUGAGGUGGAGCUUAAUAAGGACUACCAGUGGCGUAUUUGAGGGGGGCGAUGGGUGGAUCGCCCCCUUCUUGGAAUUUUUCGACUGUGAUUUUUCAAUCACGGCUGUAGGAAAUAAAAUAAUAUAGUAUUUAUCACCGUGUUAUUAUUAUUUCUUGGGUAUUUUUAUUUGCAUUACUAAAAAGUAGUGAUAAUGAUAUAGGUGAUUAGAGCAAUUCUUUGUCUAUAGUAUAUAUAGGGGUAUCAAUAUAGAUGACCAAACAGUAAUCAUCAUAUAGAUCGGUUUGUAGGAGAAAAAAGAUUAAUAUUGCUUUAAAAUUGUUAUACAUAUUUUUUUGUAUAAUUAUUUGAUAUAAAUAUAUUUUGUAUACAAUGUACAUAUUAUUAUAGGCAUAUUUUAUUACGGCCAUUACAGGUAAACGUCAAAAUCGUGCAAAUUUCAGAAAUACCCGCGAAAUGUCGUAUUUCGGCUUUUUCCGGACAAAUCUAUUUAGUAUAAAUGACCAACAUCAUUUGAACAAAACUUUAACAUCCAUACAUUUAAAUUUUUCAAAUUUGUAAGAUUUGUUCGAUUCAGCUGUUGAUCGUGACAUAUUUAUUAUUUAUAAUUCAUUUAUUUUUUCAAACUUUUUUUAAUUGUCAAGGAGAGGAAUUAUUAAAAAAUGAUUACUAUUAAAUUUUUUUUUUGGGACGAGGAAAUCCCUUGUGAUAUUUUCUGGUAUAUUAAAAGUUUUGAACCGCCCCUUCCUUGAUUGAGCUCUAGAUACUCCACUGAGGACUACCAACCUCUAUUACAAUAACAAUAUGUCAUUUCAGAAAUUAAAAUAUAUUAUCAAUAUAUAUAAUAUUUAUUUUUAUGUACAGCAUUACUAUCUAAUAUAAUCUAAUCUAAUACAAUAUAAUAUAUAGUAGACCAUUUUCUUAAUAUGACUUACGAAUAUGUUUAUGAAUCAACGAUACCUAUACCUAUACCUAUGCCCAUAAACGUGAUAUAGGCGAUUUCAUGUUUAUACAAUUUUGUUCAAUCCUAUUACUGAAACAUUUCAAUAUGUUUCAGUAAUAAUAAGGCAAUUGUUAGUAUUAUUAGGUAUAUUUAGACACGCAGUGUGAACAAUACCUAGUUGAUAUUACAUGAUUAUUGUAUUAAUUACCUAUUUAUCUUAUUUUAUCUAAUGAAUAAAACAUAAAACUGUUUAUACCGAUAUUAAUUAAUAAUUAUUAUAAAAUACUAGGCAUUUCAAGGAAUAAAAAAAAUGAAAAAUAAAAUACAUAGCAGUUAUGUACUAUAUUAUUUAAAAAUUAAACAGAUCAAUAAGCAAGUGAAAAAUGUUAUUGGUUAAUUUUCCUAUACUGUGAUAAACAUUACGUUAGUAGACGCUCAUUAUUCUGGAAAGUAUUAAAAUUUUUCAGAGUUUGUUUUUUAGAAAAUUCAAGAAACAAGUAGCUUUAAAAUGUUGCAUUACCUUUUUUUUUCGGGGUGAAAUAAUUUAAUAUUUUCAAAUAAAAACCUAGACAUUUUAAAAAUUCCAUAAAUAGAUGGAUUUUUUUAAAAAAAAAAUAACUAAAACCGCCUCUCUAAGCGAGCACAAAAUUAACACAGAAGAUAUACCUACUGUCCCGGUCUUUUUUUUUUAAGACGAUGAUUAUGGGUCGUUCAAAAUAUAUUAAAAGAUAGUGUAGAACAAUAAUAAUAAUUUUGAAUAAUAAUGUAACACUUUAUUGUGCCACACUAUAAAAAAUUAUUUAUUUAAUUCUGUUUGUGCACAAGUUAUUAAGAUUUGAUUUUUUAUUAUGCAAUUAAAACAUUAAACGGAUGGCUGGAUUAUUUUAAAACAUCCAUCGUGCAAGUUUUGGCUCAUUAGUAAUCCAACCGUAACCAAACAAAUUAUUGUGUUAACUCUCUACUAUUUGAUCGUAUCGCUUUAUUAUAUUAUAUUGUAUUCUACCGUGUAUACGUAUAUAGGACUUCCCAGUUUUUUUGUUUAAGGUAAAAACAAUUAACAACCCAAUUAAUUGCAUCCGGACAAUAGAGUUAUGUAUUGAUGUGUGUUUGUGCUGUGUGAACGAGCGAUAAUAUUCAUCGCAUAGGCACCUCUAAAACGAUGAAUAUUAAUGCGACAUUGAGGAAACAAAGUCAUAACGAAAUCCUUGGUCAGGGAUCGUAUAUUCAUGUGUGUUGUCUGUUGAGAUUUAUAGAUGGUUUGAAAAUGUAUAACUUACGUUUAAUAAUUAUUAUUGUUGUUGGGAAAAUAAUUGUGCACAAUUUUUUUUGUUUUUUUUUUUGUUUUUUGUUUUCAUGAUGUAAUGUAUUUUUAAACGAUUUUGAACUUAAGUACAUACAUAAACGUAAAAAGUGUAUAAAAUAUUCCUAUAUUAUUAUGUUUCGUGAAUUAACAACAAACCAUUUAUAAAUAAAUUUCGUGGAUAGAUACAUUGCGUUAUUUGCACAGUCAUCGGUAAAAUAGAAGUAAUUAUAUUCAAUAUUUAAUACCUAAUUAAACUAUUCGUAAUAUUUGUUCUCAUGAUUGCAAGGUCGAAAAAAAGAGUAUUUUUUUUUUUUUUAAAUACGUUUCAUAUGAUCUUUAAGAAAAUUCCGUAUUUAAAAAAAGGUGUAAUUAUUACUUUUUGAAAACUGAAAAAAAAAUCUAAUUUAAUAGUAUAUAAAAACCCAUAAGGUGGUCUGAAUUUUUAAUUAUUUUCUGACAAAUCGUGUUUGAUUAAGUAACCCAGCGUGUUUUUGUUUAGAUUUAGGUAUUUAGAAUUUAAAUAGUUAAACUAUUAUUUAUUUACAUAAUUCAAUACAACUAUUAUGUUAAAAAUAUUAUUAACAUAUUAAUUAAAAAUAAAACAAUACCAUACAAAUAAAUAGGUUAAGGGUAUAAUAAUUAUAUUAUAUACUAUUCAAACUUGAUUGUUUUAUGGCAAACUGUAUAUAAGCAUAUUUAAGUGUUCAAGUUGAAAGUCGACUUGUUGAAAAUGUUUGAUUGGUUGAUUUUCUUGUUCUCCAUAAUAAUAAUAAAUUAAUUUUAAGCUUGUCUACCGGAACCUUAAUUUUGUUGUGGAAACAACUUAUGUUUCCCUGUAAGAAGAGAAUUCUAACUUUUUAACGAAAUUAAUAUCGAUUUAAAAUGUUGUGCUUUGCUCAUAAAGUUGUGUCGGUCAUUUAAACGACAAAUCUUAAAAUUAGUUUAUUAGUUUAUAAGUUACCUAACUUUAUAAUUGGAAAAAAAGUUAUUUUAAGUAAUUUACGAAAAAACACAAAAAAUAUGUAUAUUAUUUAUAUUGUUUCAUGAGGUUGGUAACUUCAAAUUAAGAUAUUUAAUUAUAAAAUUCAUAGAUGACAACAUCUUGAAGACAACUUCAUAUCUGUGUUUUAAAUUCAGAGUGAAGGCUAGGCAUGUAUUGGUUUUACAAUAAUGUUUAUAAUUUUUAAAUUUGUUUAUAAUGUGUAUACAAUUUCUACCAAAAAUCUUGCUCCAAUUUUCAAUUGUACCACAAUUUUUAAAGAAAAUUUUAUCUUUUUGGUACUUUAAGAAAGUCAUUUUUAAUUUUUCAUAAGGUUUUCUUAAUAAUUAAGAAAACCGGAAAAAAACAUAGAAAUAACAGUUAAAUUUACGAAAAUAAUGUUUUUUUUAUUAUGGUUGAAUUAAAAAUAUUCGUGAAGACUUGAAAUUUGGACAAACACUUAUUUUAUAUUCUGGGUGGAGUUUAUGGUUUUGCAAAGAUAUUUAUUUUUUUAUUUUCAUUAUUUUUUAUCUUUCAACUUUUCUACCAGAACACUUGCUCGGAUUUCUACGUGUAGCACCUUUUAUGAAAGAAAAUCGGUGUGGGAAGGUACCCUAAGGAAGUCAUUUUUCGAUUUUCUCAAAAGUUUUUUCAUCAAAUGCAAAUCUUCCCCCCCCCCCUCAAAAAAAAACGUGAUGAUGUACGAAAUAUAUUACGAUUUUGUUUUCCUGUGCAUAACUUUUUUACCAGCAAAUUUGCUCCAACUUUUAAUGAUAGCAAUAAUGUUUCUAUAAGGAAAUUUAACUGAGACUGAACUCUGUUCAGAACCGUUUUUUCAUAGGCAAUUGUUUAUCGUUGCUUAUAGGUAUACAUUAAAUUAUCUAUAACAGUGGUAGCACCAGUUUUCAUUAUUCUAGGACGUCUUUUUUGCAUUGUAGACGUGAUCAAAUUUUCAAAAACAUUUGAGUUAUUUUUGAGCUAUUUUUAAGCGAUUUAUAGACAUUUUAAUUUUGUGAGUUUUUUACGUAAUGUUUAUUCGGUAAGUACUCUAUAGAUAAAAUUGUUAGACCAAAAAAACAGAAAUGCUUGAAAAUUUAACAGGAGGUUCAUUAUAAGUUGUGCUUAGUGCCUUAGUGUUCAACAAGAAAAAGUUGAGUUAAAUGUAAUAUUUUUUUUCUUUUAUAAGAAAAAUCGAAUCUAAUUAACAAAAAUCAGAAAUAUUACGGCCUUUUAAAAUGUGUGUAAUCGAACUCCGCUCAGAAUCGUUUUUCAUUAGCAAUGAUUAAUCGUUGCUUACAGUUGCACAUUAUAGAUUUUUUUUCUAUAUCCUACCUUUCCAAUGUCUCACCUUCAACAGUAUGUAGUAUACUACACCUUCACCUGUCGUGUUAAGUAUAGUCUUUUUUUUUUUUUUUUUUCAAUUAAAAAUAUUUGUAGAGAAGAAAUAUUGAUAGAAAACUUAAAUUGACAUUUCAAGAUAAUGUCAAAUUUCCAAAAUAUUCUUCAAAUAUUUACAAUUUUCUUUAAAUAUUCAAAUCAUUAUCAUCGAAGGUACAAACAAUCGUAUUUUACAUUAUUUUUGUUUCAAAGAAAUGCAACUUUUUAAAUACCUAAUAUGUCUUCAAAAACGCCUAUGAGGUUGUUUUUAAAAUUUAAUCUAACAUUUAAUUCAUAAACAAGAGCCUUUAAUUUGUUUUACGUGAACACAUUUUUGUUAUAUUAACUUUUAGAAAGACAGAGGUAGCAAAUUCUACUUUGACGAUGAGAACCACUGUGGUCAGGUCACCUUUAUCCACAAAAAUUCAACACUGAAUCGCACUACCAGUGCAUAAUGUAUUCAAAUUGUAGGAAAUUCAAGGAGCAGUAUUUUUAAAUAGUGAGUGAUAGGGAGGGGAAUAUUACAUUGUUCGGAUGGUGUUAGUAAACCACUAACACCACCCAUAACAACGACGGCAAUAAUACCAUUUUAUUCUAAAAAAUUAAAAGUUCUCUUAUUUUUUUUGUUUUUUCCCAAUGGUUUUAUGUCACCUCUACACUAAAUUCAUGUCACCACAAGGCGAGAUGUCACUCCGGUUGAGAAUAUAAUAUAUCAGCUAUACCUGUACAAACAUUUUUUUUAUCAAAUAUUAUAAUGUGAUUAUGCGGAAUCAAUUAAUUGUUUAAGGAAAUGCCCGUCGUUAAUCUCGUUAAAUUCUCAACGAGAUUAUAACAAAGAAUGGAGAAAAGUAAUGUUGUUAUUUUAUACGAUUUGUAUAAAUGUAUUAUGUAUGUACCUAAUUCUUCCGUAAAUCAAUAUAAUAUAAUAUAAAUACGGCCAAUACAUAUUUUUAAUUUUUGUUGUACGAAUUUAAUGAUCCUAUUGCUUUCUUUGAUUACAAAUAAUGUUUAAGAUUUUAAUUAUAAAACAUUUAUUAUGUUUAAAUGGGUACAUAUAGUAUUUUUUUUUUUUUUUGUACUCUUGGUGCCUUUGUUACACAUAAAUGUCUGAAAAAAUUAAAAAAGACUGUCCCUAAUUCAAAUUUCGCUAAACAUGUUAAAGAAAAUAACCAUAGUUUUGAUGUUAUAUUAGAAAUAUUAGAAAUAUUAAAUACCUGAAAUAACAUUUAUAUUAAUUCAGUUUUGGAAGAAUUACACAUACAUAAUAAACUAAAGAAAAAAAUUUUAAAAUUAUUUUAAGUGUACAAGAGGAUUUUAAAAAUAAUAUCUUAUAUCAAUACAUUUUUAGAUAAUACACAAUAACCAAAUAAUUUAUAUUUCUUAACAUAUCUAUGUCUACUCAUUUUAAAAAAUCUUUCCUAUUAAAAUAAAUUAUUUCUAUGUAAACGACCAAUUUUUACAAUUUUUUUUCUAUGUAUUGCUUCAUUUAUUUAUUUAUAUUCAGUCACGUUUUACUUUUUGACUUUGAGAUUUACCUGAUGAUGAAUUUUUAAUUUGAAACCAAUCGUACAAUACACAAAUCUUAAUACUUCGGACGACGCAUUCAUUUAUUUAUUUCUACAUAUAAAUUAUUAAUUUAUAUAUUUAUUUACAAGUAUUAACCAUUCAAUAAUUUCCCUUUUUUUUAUUAAUUUGUUAUUUAAAUUUUACCUAGGCUAGCGUAUAGUUUGACAUAACGAAGAUUUUAUCGUCAAUAAUUUUGGCUAAUAAAUUUAGUAUUGUAAAAUGCUCGAGAAUAAUCUUUUGAAGAAUAUUCCCCUAGUACUAUCAUUUUCUAGCAUAUGCAUUUUUUUGUUGUUAAUUCAUGCUCAUAUAAAAAUGUAGUUUCAAAAAUAUGCAAAAAUAUUUUAAUUUGUAUGCAAUAUAGUAAUAUAUAUUUAUAUUAUAGAUUACUAUAAUUAUAAAUAUCAUAUGAAUAUUAAUAAUAGGUAUUAUAUUAAAUUAGUACUCUUAUUUUUAAUUUUUUUUUCUUAGAAUUUUGUUUGUAUUGGAGCAUAUUUUUUAUCGAAAGUAUGCUGUACAUUUUUUUUGAACACAAGCAUUUGAAAAAAAACAAAAUUGAUUGUUGUUUAUACUAAAUAGUGAUUAAUAUAGUUAAUUUAUUUAAUUUUGCAUCUCUUCUCCCCAUUUCGCUUGCCAAUGUACUCUUAAUAAACUUGGUUUUCGACAUAAAUGUUUGCCUUAUACAUGCAUUUUUAAAAUUUCUUGUUAUAUUGUCUUGGAUCUGCCUCUGAUUUUAUCAACGCCUUUUAAUUGUUUUAACAUAAUAUACUUAAAUGAGGUAAUAUUAUUUUUAAAUGUUUGCUAUUUGCAAUUUUACGUAAUAUAAUAUAUUAAUUCAAAACAUAUUAGUGAUAGGAUUAUUUUAAUAAGGAAUUAUUAUAAAUUAUUAUAUCGACUUGCUAACGUUAUUACAAGGACUAGAUAUAUUUGUUUCAGUUGUUGUCUCGCCUAAAAACAAAUCAACUCUUAUAACAAAAAAAUAAUGCAUGCGAUGCAACUUUGUAUAAUUAUAUAAUUUCUUUUUGAUUUUUACUAUUAUACUUAAUAUUUACUCGAAACUGUAACUAUGUUAGUACUAUUCAAUUUUCAAAGAACACUUUUUGAGAUUUCACUAUUGAAAUUUAAUUAUUAAACAAAUACAAAAAUCUGCGGACAAAUAUAGCAUUACCUGUGGUGUUAUAGAUAUCUUUUUUUAACGAUACACUAUUUUUAUAUAUAGGUAUAUUUACAAAAGUUUGGUAUUCUGUUAAUUAGCAGUUGUGUUCACUUAAGUAAAUUUGAGAAAAUCCUUGGGAGACAAAUAUCUGUUGUACCAAGAAUGAAUUGUAACAAUGUUUAGGCCAGUAUAACAUAUUAUUUUGAAUUUAGUUAAUGCCUUCAUAUUAUCAGCUUGUUGAUAAUUACCUAUGUGAAUGUUUUAAUACGUAAUAUUAUCAUGUUGGCCAACAUAACCAAACAGCUCCUAAAUAAAAUAAAAUAAACAUACUUUAGAAUAGUAAAACAUACCUUCUUUACCACAGAUGUAGCUUGUUAUUUUCUAGUAAUUAUUUUUGAUAAAUACACAAUUAUAGUUGAUAAUAGGUAUACUUUAGAAAGAUAUUAAUUUUAAAAUCGUAUAGUUGACAAUGCCCUGCAGGAGACUGCAUUAACACAUAGAACGGGGACGUUUAAAUUUUGUUCUACUUCAUUAAUUAUUUUUUCGAAUACGAUAAUUAAUAAGAGUGUAUAAUAUCGUGUUCAAAUUAAAUAUAAUAAUAUCUCUGCCGGAGGUGUUUUUUUUUUCCAUAGCGUGUACCUAUAGUACCUAUUUUCUAUAUCUCACGUUUUAGGGAAUUCAUUCAAAUAUUCUAUAGCUGAAUGUUUCUUACUUAAAAUUAUCAUGAACGGUAUUUGAUUUUUUUUUUUUUUUGUAUUUUUCUAUAGGAUUAAUAAUUUGUUUUAACUAACCUGAAUUUGAUUAUAGGAAAUGCAAAAUAAUUAUUAUUCAUCUUAUAACGGAGCUGUAUUUAUAGGUAUAUAAUUGAACAUGGGUGCUACUUUAAACAAGUUAUUUUUCAAAAGGUUUUAAGCGUUUUCCUAUUUGAUAUAUAUCGCAUUUAAAUUUUAAAUAGGUAAUAAUACCCUUCUGUGUUAUAGUGCUUAGCAGAUUUUUUUUAUAUAUUAUAACGAGUGCUCAACAUCCUGUUUUUAUAACUCGGUUUAAAAACAAAUAUGUAUAGUACAUUUGUUAAUCGAUAUUUUAGAAAUUUAGUUUUAUAAUAUUAUAAUAAUAAUCGUUGUUUAGUGCCUUCUAAAAACAUUUUAUUUUUUGUUUUAAAUUAGGGAAGUACCUUUAAGUAUUAGGUAUGUCUAUAAUAUUUAUUUUGAAUAGAAAAAAGUGAAACUCAUCAUUAGAGGUUGGAUUUAAAUGUCCUUAAACCUAUUGAAAAAUACUCUAAAACAAUGCCUCUUAACGAAUUAAGACCCUUAAAAAAAUACCCCAAAGUGAUAAGAAGUAUUCUGAAAACAGACAACAAAAAAUGCAAAAUAAAAGUUUCUCUUUUUUUGUUAUUUGUUUAAGCCGGGUGACGCAUUACAAACGUUAAUAAUGUUAAGACAAUGACUCAAUUAAAAUCAAUUGAAUAGAACGAUCGAACGAAGAUUGAAAAUCUGUAAUUUUAAAGAAUAUGUACCUAAAAACAAUUAAAUCAAAUUACAUGAAAAUAAAAUUUCUAGAGAUAAUAUUUUGAAUUAGGGUACAAAAACUAAUAAAAUGAAAAAUUAUAUUUAAAAAAAUCGAAAAAGCUAAAAAUGAAAAGAAAAUGUAAAAUAAAAGUUUCGCUUUUGAAGUAUAUCUGUUACAUAAAUCGAAUUAUGUACUUGAAAAGUAUUUUCUUAGAUUACCCAGGAAAACAUGAAUUUUUUUGAAAAAUUAAAAUCCUGGCCCUACUCAUUAUGUAUUUCAACUAAAUUAAUUUAAUAAUAAAAAACGAUCACAUGUCUCCUACAAAACAUAGGUUAAAAAUCAAAGAAUUCAAGUAUGUUUUCAAAAUUAAAAUUUAGCGAAUAGUGAGUGAAUUGUAAUCCAGCCUUUUGUUGGUCAAAAACGUCAUAUUUGUCCGUAAAAACUGCAGUAUUUCUUUUCCUUAAAUGGGGUAUUGGGCUGUAUAUUAGUAGAAUAGUCUCAUCGUUAAGGUGUUCACUGAAAAGUAAAGAAUCAUUUUUUAAUUUAAAAGUUUAAAAAACCGUCCUCGAAAUUCUAUUGAUUAAAGUUAAUAUUAUAAUAUCAUCUAUGCGAUAUAGGGACAAGCGAACGUGCAUUUAUAAAAUACUGAGUUUUAAAUUUUUCAUUUUUAGUUUUUAAAGUGUGUAUUAUCAUUAAUCAAAACCGUCACGUUAAUUUCCGUAUUUAUUUAAUUUUAGAUUGUGUUCAAUAGAAUGAAUGAUAUUACAGGAAGGAAAUACAUCACAAAUAACUUUUUUUUCAGUUUCAUGAUUGAACAUUUUGUAUAUAAAUUCGUUUUGUUACACCUAUUUUUUAUUUUUUUCUAGUCGCGUUAGCUCAAUGGGCGAUGCCAAUGUGAAAUAUACAAAUUGCAGGAAAUUUAAACAGUGCUGUUUUCAUGAAUAGCCGUUUUCACCUAUUUGUUUGGGCGUUUUACCGUUUAGUGGUAAUUCAGGGACAGUUUCAUAAUAUAUACAUUUUUUUUUUUAUAAGGUCAAUUUGACAAACAACGAUUUUUGCCCGUUCUCGUCAAUGUAAAUACGUACGUAUUACCUACCUAUAUUCGUAGUUAAAAUUGAUUAUAGACUAGUGUGACUAUUAUAUUAUUUAUAGUAGACUAAUCAAUAAAAUUUAUUUCGUUAUAGCUUACUAUUAUUAUAAUGUAAUUUUUUUGUACUUGACUUAAAAAUUUCGCGACUAUUAAAAAAAAAAAAAAAAAAUACUGUAUAUUGCGUUUGUUAAAAUUAAUUAAUUCGAUAUGUCAGCGGUGUACCAAAAUAAAAAGUUCUAAAAAUGCGAAAAUUUGUAUUUGUCAUUGUGUAAAAAUCAGCAUAAAUAUUAAGAAGAACGCUCGGUAAGCGUACAAUAUUUUUAGUCGAUAUAAAUAUAAACUUUAGUUACGCGUCUAUUAUAUUAUUUAUUUUUAUGUUUGGUAUGCAUUUGGUAGACCGUCAAAAUUGCUUAACUAUUAUUGCUACCUAUUAAAUCUAAACUCCACAUUCGAUUCAUGCAAAUGUGAUUUUUAGUUUAGUAAUAAUAUAUGUAUGGGAUAGGUCAGCGGUUCCCAAAUUUUUUAUAUUCAAAUCUUUCUAAAAAAUAGGAACAUUUUAUCAUGACUCUCAGGAUUGAAUAGUUUUAAUAUAAUAUACUUUAAUUGUAUAUAUAUAUCUUAAUAUAUAAAAUAUAAAAUAAAUUGGGUGAAGAAUUAUUUUUUUUUCGUACGUAUUCCCAUUUUUUUUUUUUAUUAAUGCAUCAAAAUAAGGAAUUAACGUUGUAACUGAUACACGCAUAUCGUUUUCUAUUAGGAUACUGCUAAAAAUCUUACUUCACACUAUCUUGCUACCUUGCUACGAUUGAUAUACAUGAAUCUUUGUUACUAAAUUCGGGAUAUUCAUCUUAAAUAUUAGUUCUAAGUUCUAAAAUCUAAAAAAUCAAAUUAUCUAAAGAUAAAUGUGUACAAUAUUGAUUUCUCACCUUCUCUGUUAAGUAUUCACAUGUCUCACAGUUUGAUAAUCACUGGGAUAGUAGAGUGAUAAAGAAAAAAAGGCUCAUACUGCUGUGUGCCAUUGUUUUAGGAGGGAAGUUGAAAGAGAGCGAAGGCAUAUAAACUUUAAAGUAAUUUAUUUUUUUACCUGUGCACAACGAUAAACGUUUAUUAAUUGCUUAUUAAUCGUAUUUUUUUUCCUUGUUGCCAAGAUAAUUAAAAAAUUAUAACAAAAAUUGACAUUUUUUCCUAUUUAUUAAAAAAACUACAAGUAAAAUCAAAAAAUUACCUCCUCAAUUCACUAUUUAAUAAAUCAUAAAAUAAAUGUUACAAAAAAAUUUCUAUAUAGUUUUUAUUCGGAACAAGAUUUUUGAUAGAAAAGUUAUUUACGGACACAAAAAAAUACAUCGUACCUAGUAAAAGGUAUACCCAUAUGAUAAAAAUAUGAUAUUAUAUGAUAAAAAUCAAAGUAAAAACGUAGUACAGUUUUUUAUUUUUGACUAAAUAUUUAAUUUUUAAGUACUAGGAGAUUAGUGUAUUUAAAUUAUUUUGGUUUGAAUGAAAAACAAUUAAGUCGAUUUAGUUCGACUUCAAUUUUGUCAACAUUAUCCGUGAAUACGAUCAAAGAGAUCUCGAAAAUAAUUUUCUACACUCUUAAUAAUUAUCAUUGAUCUUGUCGAUGUGCACGUAGAUCGACUUUAGUUUUCAUAUAUGUCUCACAGAUUACAUAUUUUUUUGUAUUUCAAAAGUAUGAAGUUGCCAUAUAUUUUUCUAAUAAUUUCAUUCCAAAUUCGACGAAUUUAUUCCGAACAUAAUAUAAUAAUAUGAAAAUUAUACGAAUAUAAAUAAUAUGAAAAUUAUACGAAUAUAAAUAAUAUUUGCGUACACUAUAGUUAAAUAAAUAGCGUUUCCGCUUUGUCUUUAUAAUUUAGUCGUUAAUAAAAAGCCAUUAAAUUAUACCGUAGAAAACGUCUCUAACAUUCACAUAUUUUGAUAUUUUAGUGUAGAUAAAAAAAAAAAAUAUAUAAUAACAUUAAUAAAAAUUAAUUUCCCAAGUAUUGCUCGCCUGCCGAAAUAUUUUUACUACAGAAAAUAACAAUUGUAUAACCUUUUGAACGACAGCGGUAAUAUUUGAACAAUACGUCAUUUUUAAUACCUAUUCCUAAAUAUCAGACAAAGAAUUUUCGUAGGUAUUGUUUAUAUUAUAAUAUUUUUCACGAAUUAUUACGCGGUUAGCCGGAUAGAAUCUUUAUUUUAAUACGUUGUUAUUUGUUUGUUUUUAUUAUGCGCGUCACUUCGUAUAUCUAUACCCAUAUUUUUUGAUUAUUAAUAAUAUAUGUAUUUUUUUUUCUUCGUAAGUUCUAUGUGAUUACAAAUACCGAUAUAAAUUUUAUUUUUUACUGAAAUGUUAUGAAAUUCAAAAUGUAUUCGUCGUGAGUUUGUGGUUAGGUAGUAAAUUUAAACGACAGCUGUAAAUAUUAUUAUAUUAUUAUAGGUAGUACUCGUACUGUUGUAAUAUAGUAGGUGCACAUUCGUUAUUUAUCGAAUUCAGAAUUAAUUAUUGUAAAAUUAUGGUAAUAGAAUACCUAUAACGAUAAAAUACUAUAUGGGUACUUUAUAGUGGAAUUCCAUAAUAAAUAACGCGUAAAAGUAAUAAUAUAUUGUGGAAAAUCGAAUAAAAUUACAAUUCAACUAAAAGAUCUUAUAAUCGGUAGAGCAUUAUGUCUCCCCGUCCUCUUCCCAUUCCCUUAUAAAUACAACACUUAUGAUUACUUCUGGAGCCGACUUUUAAAUUCUUAUUGUCGAGUUAGGUAUCACAAAAGAAAAUUCCUAUUAUUUAUUCAAGAAUCACAAUUAUUAUAUUUGGUGCAUCCCCUCGUUUUGACAAUUUUACGCCACUGUUGUUAUCAUAAUAUAUUUUUCUUCCGAUAAGCAAUCGGCCGCUAGGAUAUCCCGCUAUACCUUGCAUCCAAUGUUCCUUAUUCACUAGUUACUUGUGCCUUCAAUCACCAAUCUAAUACUAGGGCUUCCACGGCUUUUCUUACUAUAUACCUACAAACAUCUCAUAUAACGUGAUUUACCAGUUUUUUCCUGAUAAGAUUUAAUGCAUGUAAGUGCUAUAUCAGGCACGUAUACAGGGGGGGUUCAACUACCUCCUCCCCUUUUCGAAAAUUAAUAGUUGUGUAAUUUAUUUAUAUGAAUAUUUAUAAUAUUAGUAAUAUUGAUUAUUGUAAAUUUUUUAUGAAUUUUGUUGUGAUAGAUAUAAUUUGUUGUUAUAGACAAUACAACAUCCGAUAAUGAUUUUUGAAGUCGAAGCCGUUCGUUUGGAUUCCAAUAUAGAUUCCGCAACUUUAAAUUCAGGUUUACACGACUAUAAAAAACUAUAUAUUAUAAUCAAUUAGAUGCGUUUUUCCCACAAUUUAUUGAUCCCAAGUCGAUUUUACAAAAAAAAAAAAAAAAGUACGGAAGUUAUGAAAAAAAAAAAUUAUAUAUUCAGAAAAAUACAAUGAAAAAAAAUGUGAAAAAUUGAUUUUAUCCCAAGACUUUCUUGGGAUCAUAAAUUCAAUCGCUUUAUAUAAUUAUAAUAUUAUAUAAUAUGUUAUUAUAAGAGUUAUUAACCUCCAUGUAAAAAAAAUCUAUAAAUUAAUUUUUAAUUCCGUGGGUUACACGCGAAAAAAAAACUAUCGUAUCGCGCCCAUAACGAUGUUAUUCGUACCUACCUAAUAAUAAUAAUAAUAAUAAUAAUAAUAAUAAUAAUAAAUUUCGAUGUAAGUCCCCGCCGUCUCCACUUCGAUGGAAUUCGCGAGCCCAAAAAUUGUUUGACCGAUAACGGCGACGCAACAACGUGCGUGUGUGUGUGUGUGUGUGCGCGAAUGAUAAAUAUCCGGUGUGAAAAAAACCAUUAACGCUAUAUGUUAUAAAAAUAUAUAAUACAUAAUAUACAUAUUAUUAUAGUGUGUGUGUUUGUGUGUGGUAUAGUUCGAUUGACAAUCUCAUUUUCAUACGCGAGGCUCGAGGCGGCUCUGUCCAUUUCAAGGUCUGCACACGCACACGACUACACUUCUCCGCUCUCCGGUGUUGUGGUGGACGAAAAAAAAAAAAAAAAAAAAAAAACUCGUGCCGCUGCUGCUGCGGUGCAGCUCUUCGCGCCGACACCACACAGCCUUUCAUUCCACAUUCUAAUGAACCCGGUCGACGGACGCGUGUUGUUUUGAUACCACACCACACCGUCGUCGUAAUCGCACGCUGCUCGUAUUAUCUUUGUUGUUAUUAUUUUUAUCGCCAUAAACGCGCGCCGCCGUGACGUUGUAUAAUACCGCUCGAUACUCGUAAGUAAAAAAAAAAAAAAAAAAAAAAAACAAUCGUCGAAUCUUUCCGAGAUAUUUUGUUGAUAGUGUCUAGUCUUUACCUACCCGAUUAAUUUAACCGCCACAAAAACGUUUGGAUUUAUUUCGUACGCGAAGCCCAACAUUAGUAAUCUAUCUGACGCGCGGAAAACCGUUUUUUCCUUUUCUUUUGUCUGUUAAAUAAACCGUGUGUCAUAACCGCGUGCGUGUUUUGCAGAUGAAAUCGACGUCGCAUCCCGCGGCAUAUUACCUCUUUUCAUCAGCUACACGACCGGUCAGAGACAAGUUAUGAUAUCAGUUUUAUGAUAUCGGAGUUGAUAUCAACGACGACGAAUCGCACGUCCUGAGUCUCGGUCCGGUUUGUUCCGACCAAACACCACUACAAUGGUGGUAGAUCAUAGUGGGCCCAACAACAGUCCAGGUAAUAAAGUUGACAAAACAAAAAUUAACAUAUUUAGUUUUUAUUAUUAUUUUUCAAAUCAUUUUCUAAUGUUCUUUUUUUUGUUUUCUCCAUACGUAUUGAUUGAUGAUAUGACUUUAGUAUAGGUAUGUGCAGGAGAACUAUGCAUUUUAGUAUAUUAUGCAUUAUAGUAUUUUUUUAAAUUAUAUUCGUAACGAAAUAACCAUAUUUUAAAAUCUGUCCGAGAAGACAUUAUUUGUUUAUUGUAUUUUAAUAUCUCAUAUCAGUGGAUUUUUUUUAGUUUUAUGGGAGUUUUGGGUGGUUUUUAGUACGUUAAGUUCACACUCAAAGUUAUUAGACAUAUUAUUAUGGUUUUUGAAAAAUAAUAAAAUCGUCUUGAACAAUGGCCAAACGGUCUAACGGGUAGGUGCACCCUCUAUCAAUUUUUAUAAAGAGGAAUACAAUAAUAAUUAUGAAUUAAACAAAUACUUGAAUUUAAAACUGCGGUCAGUGUGUACACCUGACAAUACCAACAUGUUAAAUUAAUAAAUUGAUGAACUUUACGUUUAAUUAUGGUACCUAUUUAACGGAAAUCCGAUUGAUUCACGCCUAUUACACAUUUGCUAAGUUUUUUGUUUGUUUUAUUUGAUUUGCUCUAUCUGUAAAUAACUUUUUUUACCAGAAAUCUCGUUGCGAUUUUCGAGCAAUAAUUAUAUCUGGUUGGUAUAAAGGUAAUAUUUAUUUUUUUGAUUUUUCAUAUAAUUUUCUUAAUAGCAAUUUGGAAAAUACACGAAAAACCGGUUUUAUUAUUUUCGGCUUUUUACAAUCGGGGAAACUUGAAAUUUGCUCGGAAUAUUUAUACAAGCUUUUUAUCUAAACACGUUAAUUUUUCAAUAUAUUCUGACGACUUUUAAGCUAUUUAUAGAUAUUUUUAAGUUUCCAAUAUUUUUCGUUUUUUUUUUUUAUUCAGCUAGCAGUUAAACCUGUUUUUUAAUUUGUUUUAAAAUAACGGUACACUUAUACGAUACAUAAUUUACGAUGUCCGUUAAAUUAAUGAACACACAUUAUUCAUUUAAAAAAAAAAUUGGAAUCAUUCGCCAAAUUGAAUGUAUAAAUGUAUUACUUUUUUUUUUUACUAUCGCCUACCUCGUAUCAUCAUGUCAGUGCGUUAAAGUAUUCGAUUAUAACGUACAAACCAACUCACUCUAUAGUAUAAUAAUAUUAUUAUUUUCAAAAAGAAUUCGGAUUUUUUUUCUGCACGAUUUUUCAUUAAUGUUAUUCACACAAGGUAACUUGCGGAUAUUCUGCAAAACACACCUGUUGUGUGGAAUUUAUCCGCUGUGAUUUAACCGUCGUCGUCGUCGUAUUUUUCGGUUUACUACGUAGUUGUAUUUUAUUGUUAUUAUUUUUUUCCCCGACACGUAGCAGGUAUGUUAUCCUAAAAUGUCCGCGUCCCUGUUUCGUUGGUUACCCUCCUCCAAUAAUAUUCCAUUCAUAAUAAUAUUCUACGAGAUAAUAAUAUUAGGUACCUAAAAUACUACGCGUCCAUAGUAUACGCGUUGUAUAGUUACCACCACGUGAAUCGUCGUCGUCGUAUGCGUUUGGCGUGGCCUGACGUUCGAUUAUGAUCGAAAAUGAAUAAAAAAAAAAAAAAAAAACAUAAUAUAAUAAUAUAUAUAUGUAUGUGUGGAUACAGAAGAAAACAAUAUGCUAUUGUAUGUACCUUAUGGGCUCUCGGUGUAGGUAUAUAAUAAUAAUAUUACGCCGGUUUUUUUUUUUUUUUUUUUUUUGUGAAUAGCAUGUCUAAAAUAAUUUUUUUUUUCCGGAACAAUAAUCUCUCAAGUAUUCGGUAUUAUAUGGUACUUUGACUAUUUCAUCUCCAAAUACUCGUAGACGAGAAUGUAUACGUAGAUAUAAACGCGUUAAAACGGUAGGUUCAUAUUAUAUAGUAAUAUACGUAGUGAAAAAAAUACCCCCAGAAAUUACUCCCAAAAAAUUUUUAAUAGUAUUUAGAAAAAAAACCCACAGGUAAUAGAUAGAUUUCCUGAAUAAUUUUGCUCGGAAUCGUUUUUCGUUAGCAAUGAUUUAUCGUUGCAUACAGAAUUAAAUUACUCUAUACAUCUAUGUACCUUCCCAACUUGUAUUUUUUUUUUUUUUUUACCUAUCUAAUAAUUUCUAAAAUCGAAACAUAUCGCUAUAGUAAAUACAAAUACUUCCCUAAUUUGUAAUUUUAUUAUCCCCGCGUAUUAUUACGGUAAAAUAUUUAAAUUAAUAAUUUAAUUUAUAUUACUUAUUUUAUGAAUAUUAACCUUGUAAACAAUAAUAAAUAAUAAUAAUAAUAAUGAUUAUAAAGUAGGUAUCGUUCUUUGAAAAAGAUUUUCAAAUGUAAAUUUACAAGACAUUCCCAUUAAUAUUAACACCCGUGUGUCAUAUUAUUUAAUUUAAAUCUAUACCUACUUUCUAAUACUAUUGUGGGCCAAUUUUGAUUUUCAACAGCCGUAUGAAUAAACAUUAUCGACGUAUUACCGUUCGACGCUUUUUUUUAACUACAUCUUUGGUCAUCUUAGGAAAGAGAAGGAAUAAAUCAAUUUUUGACAUUUGUUCAUGUAAUUUAGUCUUAUGCAAUUUUGUUCUUUUUAUUUUUUGGUUUAAAUAGCCUAAGUAUGUGUAUUUUCCAAAUUAGUGUAUGUAGUAUUGUACUUUGUAGUGUAUAAAUGUAUGUAUAACUGUACAAGUGUAUAUAUUUUAAAAUUUAAAUUUGAUUUUUGCAUUAAAAAUUAUAAAAAAUUGAUUUAAGUCCUUCUUCUCUGAGACCGAAGAUAUAUAACAACCAAAACUCGGAACUUCAAUUGGUUAAAAGUACUGAUAUAUGAACACAUGCGUACAAAAUAUGCAUUAAAAAUAUUUGAAAAUUUGAAAAUAUUAAAUAAAACAAUAAUUAACUGGCAUCAUUAUAUUUAACCGAGGUAUGACUUUAAAAAAAAAUUUCUUUUUUCUAUUGUUAAAUUAAUAUGAUAUGAAAUCUGCAUUUACCUAUUUAAGUCCUUAAUAUACUCUUAAACUAUAUAUUCGCACAAAUCAGAGUAUAGGUAGUACCUAUACUAAAUUAUGCGGUAGAAAUGUUUAUCUUUGUAAUGUGUAUAGAUUAUAGGUUAAGCGUUAGGCCCUGUAUAUACUGAAUGAUUUUUUUUUUUUAUCAUGAACCAGCAAUUAUUUUAGAGAAUUUUUAGUGAAUUUGAUUUCUAAUUUUUAUUGUCAUUAAGGAAUCAUUUAAGCUUUAUUUUAAACCUUUUUCAAUUUUUUAGCCCUACUCCAUAUACUUUAAAUAAGUACAUACUUUUGAUUUUUAAAUAGGAAUGAGGAGGGGUGUUCCUAUUUUUAUGUGUUCAAAAGGGAAGGGACAUUUUGAACACAGAUUUGAAUAAUGAAUAUUUUUCUAGAAAUUUUAAUAUGCAUAACACUAAUAUCAGAUUUACCGUUUAUGAGUUAUAUAAGUUUAAAGUUUAGAAAGGGUUAUAGAUAGGCAAUUUAUUACCCUUUCCCGUACUAAUUUUGUUUGCUAACCUUCCACGAAAGGUUCGGCUCCAAAAUGUACACCCGGCUUUAGGUUAGGCUCAGGGCCUUGUAAUGACACGAUUUUCUCGUAGUCUCAUGUCGAAUAAUAUAAAUUGUUAGUUUCGAUCAACUUUGAGGUAAGCUUGAUAUCACGUUUGUCGACGGAAUUUAAAAGAAGAAUUUACUAAUUUUAUUUACGUUUCGAAAUAAAUUAAUUCGGUAAAAACUUUAAUAAUAUAGUAUUUACGUAUGAGUAAUAUAGGUACCAAAUAAAAAAAAACAUAUAAAUCAAAAAUAAUAUAAUAUAUAUAGAAAAAGAAUAAUACAUAGACUAAACUAUUUUAAAGGUUGUAGGCAAAUACAGCCGGUUUUGAUUUAAAUAAAUAUCGUUAGGUUAUGUUUGGACAGCAAAGGUGAAAAAAUGAUACGUAAUGUAUAAAAUAAAAACGAGGAAUAGGUAAAUAGAAAAAAUUAAUAUUGUUUACACAGAGAGUUAACCAUUUUUAUUAAAAACGAUUGCAAAACGCAAUGAGAUGACAUAGAUUUAAGAAGUUUUAUUAAGACCUUGUUCACACGAUGACACUAUAGAGAGCCUGUAAUCAGAGAGUAACUACCGAACCUUUUUUCAAUGGAUAUGGACGGCACCAUAUUGUGUAAUUUUUUGUCGACACAUUGUUAUCAGCAUAGGUUUAAUUCUAAUCUGUGCAGGUUAGCAGUAAAUAUGAAAUUUCACCUAACUUAACGUCAUUUGCAAAUAUUGAAUUCAUACUUCGUGUUUUUUUUUAAUGAGCUUUUAAUAAUUAAAUUUCAAAUAGGUUUCAAUAAAUAAUUUUCCCCACAAAAAUGGUAAUUUAAUGAGAAUUAUCUAUUAAAUGGUUAGGGUACUUUAUUAAAAAUAUGCCAUAUUUUAUUACCUUGGUAGAUUCUUGCAAUCUUGGGCUGCACAAGUUGGCAUUUUCUAUUAAAAUAAAUGGACUCAAAUACAAUAAUUUAUUUUUUAUAGUUUUAAAAUAUUACAUUAACUGAUAAAUAUAUGUAUAGGUAAUUAAACUUGCAGAAGUCCUGUAAAACUCAUUUAAAUUAUUUAAACGUAGUGUUACUCUAGAGUUCAUGAUAAUUUGAAAAAAAAAAAAACGAAUACGAAUAAAUAAUUAAAUAAUACUUAAAUACCGUAAGUAAUGUAUAUUAUUUGAAAUCUUUUAGAAUAACAUUAAAAUGUUAAUUGAUAAUAUUGUUAGGAUGCAAUUUUAUCAUUACUAAAUGUCGAAACUGGUAGGUAGUGACUUUCUGAUUAAAGGCUUUCUAGAUUACAAUACGCUGUGUGUUACUCUGGUAUCACUGCACUGUCUGCACCUAAUACUACAUUAUCAGUGUCAUCAUAUGAACGACUCUUUAUUAUCUAAAAAAAUAUUGGUAUAGAAUAUUAUUUUAGAUUCUGAGUGGUGCGAAGAAGCUUAUGGUUUUACAAAGAUGUUUAUUUUUUUGUUUUUAUCUGUACGCAACUUUUCUACCAGAAGACUUGUUCAGAUUUUUUAGUGUAGCAUCUUUUUUGAUAGGAAAUCGAUGUGGGGAAGUGCCUUUAGGAGGUCAUUUUUCGGUUUUCCAAAUAGUUUUCCUAACAAAUGUGAAAACUCGGGAUAAAACAUGGGAAAACCGGUAAAAACUGUACAACAUUAAACAAAUAUUACUAAAAAAAUAUAUAAAGCCUAUUUAUUUAUUUUACUAUAAAAUAACAAAUAUAUUGUUAAAAAAACAUCACUAUCAAUUGAACUUCGCUCGGAAUCGUUGUUUCGUAAGCAAUGGUUUAUUUUUACUUACAGGUAUACAUUAAAAUAUUAAAUUAUCUAUAACAGUGGCUGUACCCGUCCCCAAUAUCCUAGAACGUCUUUUUUUAAAUCUGUUUGUACACUCAAGAUGAUAACAAAUUUGUUUGCCCUAACUUCAUUUUAAGUACCUAUGUAACUUCAAUACAAAAUUAACGGAAACGUCUUGGUUAUUCAAAAUCUCCGAAUCAUUGUUUGUAUCGAAUCAACAGAAUCUAUGAUUAUUUUCUAAAACAUGCCUUGCAAAAUUGGAAUUAAAAAAAUCUUUCUUAACAAUUUUAAAACUAAACACAAAGAACAUAGAUAUUUCUAAAAUAAAUUAAAGUUUUACCAAUAUAUAGAAUAAAUAAAAUUAAGUACAUUUAAAUUUAUAUAAUUCAGCAUUAACAAAAGUAAUGAGAUAUUUUCGUUAAGUCCUUAGCAUUACAGUUUAUUCGUUUUCUCGAUUAUUAUUAGUUUUAAAAGAGAUUAACAUUAUUAUCAUUAUUGUUUAGAAUUGUUGUUAUUUUAUUAUAUUUGAUAUUUUAUUGAGUAUUAAUCUAAAACAAUUUUUUUUUUAUGUAUAAAUAUAUUGUUGGUUAAAUAUAUAUUUUAGUCGUUUUGGAAUUUGUAUGCCAUUCCAUCCGUACUAAAAAUACUAAUAUACGUAUAAUAAAUUCUUAUCUUUUAUGACUGCGAAUUGCUUGUAUAGGUAUAAAAGUAUGACAUUUCGAAAUUCUUUCGCUACUCUGCUAGGUUAGCUCUCAGUCUAUUCCUAGUUAGGUUAUAAUAAGGAAUAACUCUUAUAAAAAAAAUAAUAUUAAUAAUUAUAAUAUAAUCUUUUUCCAGAUAUAAAAUUCAACAAUGGCAGGGUAAAAAAUCAAGAGACGAUCGAUCUCAAAACUAAAAGUAAAUCGUCGAUUUAUCAUAAUUUCAAUAAUAUCAGUUAUAAUAUAUUAAGUAUUUUUAUCGUACAAUUUGUCUAGCCGUGCGCACCAAAUUAUUUACGACAUAACAUAUAAUUUAUUAAUGGAUGAUGAUAUUAUAUAUUUCUUAGGUAUUAGUUAUUAUUUAUUUGUUUUGCAGGCGAAACGUUAGAUAGAUACGAAAAAAAACUAGAAUCUAUUGAAAAUGGUUCGUUUCCACCCGUCCAGGAUGUGGCCGAUUUUGAACAAGCUAUUGAGCUCACAGGUAAGCAUAUUGCGCAUUUUGACGAUAUAUUUCUUUAGUGAAAUGAUAUUUAACUUGUUCCGCUAUUAGGUUAUGGGAAAUUCCAUUAUUUAUUGUUGGUCGUGUGCGGUUUCGUCAGCACCAGUGAAGAAAUGGAUGUUAUUUGCAUGUCGUUUAUAUUGCCGUCGGCCCAAUGCGAUCUUAAGUUAAAUACGUCGUCCAAAGGAUGGUUAAACUCUAUUAUUUUCAUUGGUAAGUUUUACCGUAGUUUGUAAUAAUUAUAAUUAUCAGGGUUCGAACAUUUAAAAUCAACAAAAAAGCGCUUUAAAAAUGUUAUUAUAAGCCCUUAAAUAGAUACCCUUAAUUGCCACUUAAGUGUUAAAGUAAAAUGGCAGACGUUUUAAGUGAAUAAGAUAACAAAAACGAAUAAUACACGUUAAAUAGACCAAACAAAAUUAUUUAAAAAUAAUAAUUAACAAAAAUCUUAUGACUUACGUAAUCACAAUGUAACAAAUAUUCCAAAAAACCAGAAAACAAUUUUUUUAAGAAGCGUUAAUUACCAAUUAUAAGCAAAAACAGGGAAUUUCAAAUUUCAUAUUUGAACUGGACAUAUAUUUCCAUAGCACUUUGCCAGGUUGAAUGUUUAGCUAAAAAAUAUACAAAUACUAUAGGUAAGUCCUGAACCCUGAUUAUUACAAUAUUACGAUUUAAAUACAUAAUAUUAAACUAUGUAAUGUUUACUUAUAUUAUCGACAAUAUACAUUAUUGCAGGCAUGAUGGCCGGUGCGUACAUAUGGGGUUCUCUGGCUGAUGCGUUGGGUCGUCGUAAAGUAUUAAUCGUCAUAAGUUUUAUGAACGCUAUAUGCAUCGUUGCAUCUACCUUUGCCCAGUCUUAUGGCAUAUUCAUGUUAUUUCGAUUUUUAAAUGGAGCAGCGUAUGUUGUGACUCGAAUGUGUUAAUGAUGAUCGUAAUAUGAAGUUUACUGACCUAUAUAUUAUUGUAUACAUUAUUUAGAUUGGGUGGCAGUGGUCCGGUUAUAUGGUCGUACUUUGCAGAGUUCCAGCCUAAAAACAAACGUGGUUCGAUGCUUAGUUCGAUGGCUGCAUUUUGGACUCUGGGAAAUUUGUUUGUAGCUUGUAUGUUAUUAGAAUAAUUUUAUUAUAGUGAGUACUUAAUUAUUUUGAAUAUUGUCAUAGCGCUAGCGUGGAUCAUCAUACCCCAAAACAUUGGCUACAGGUCCCCGGCGUUUUUAUACAAUUCUUGGAGAAUAUUUUUGGCUAUUUGUUCCAUUCCUAGUGUACUUGUUGCCAUAUUCCUGUUUUUUUUACCAGAAAGUCCAAAAUUUCUUUUGAUCCGUAAUGAUCACCAAAAAGCUCUGGAAGUAUUCAAACAAAUUUAUGCUAUCAACACAGGCAAUGAUCCAGAAAUGUAUCCGGUAAGUUAAUUUAUUGUAUUGUGUAAAGAAAUAAAAUAAAUAAUUCAAUCAAUAUAAUUUGUAAUCACUAACUACUAAUUGAUUUGAUACCUACUUAAUAUAACCUCUUAUAAAUACAUAAUUGAUAAAUAUAUUACCUAUUUAAACUGUGGACAAAUCAGACAAAUUAUCUUUUUACAUUAUCAUAUAUGAAAUUUUAUUGAACAAUAAUUUCCUAUUAAGAAAAUUGUAUAUUUUUAAUGGAUCUAACAUAAUAUUGUUAUAUAAAUUCCAUUUUAAAAUCAUGAACACUUAUUUAUUUUGUUGUAUUAAUUUAUAUUGUAAAAUUAAAAUUACAGGUAAAAUCAUUAGUAACAAAGUCAAAUGCUAUUGAACAUGAUAAUUUGAAUACUAGGUCUCUUAGAAGUAUGUGUGAUGAAGUACUUCUAAAUACAAAGAAAAUAUUCAUGCCGCCUAUCUUAAAGUAUACGUGGAUAUCCAUUGUGAUAAAUCUUAGUUUCCAUAUUGGGUAUGUGUAUAUUUGUGUUCGUAGUUGUAAUUUAUGAAUACCGAUUGUAUUUAGUUUUUUUUUUCCCAGUUAUUAUGGUCUUAUGAUGUGGUUCCCAGAGCUUUUCAAUAGAUUUGAUGAAUAUGCUCGAGCUCAUAAUGGAAGUGAACAAGCACUCGUGUGCGAAGUAUGUGUACAGCCAAGAUGACUUACUAAUAAACAUUAUUAAAUGAUAAUGUUUCUUUAUUUUUUUGUUGUUUUGAAUAGGUGACUGAAUUUGUUGUAAAAACUGGUUCACACUCACACGUAGAUUUGUGUUCGGACAAAAUUGAAAGCGGUGUUUUCCUUGAAUCAUUUAUUACAGUGGCGGCUGCUAUUCCGAGCAAUAUAUUUGCAGUAUUAGGAAUGGACACAUUAGGCAGGAAAUUCUUUUUAGGUACCUAAUUGUUAUUAUCAUUACUAUCAUGGAAAUACCUUUUCAUUUUAAUGUAUUUACUAUAUCUUAUACAAUUUUUGUUUUUUUUUUUUUUUUUUAUAGUGUUCAGUACAAUGACAUCUGGAAUAUGUGCUGUUGGUUUAUCACUUAUUAACAGCAAAAGACAAAAUUUAGUAGUAUCCGCUAUAUUUAGCAGUGCUAUUAGUUGCGGUAAUGCGGCUCUGGAUUGUUUAAUUACAGAAAUUUUUCCUACAAAUUUAAGGUAAUCUAGUUUUAAUACAAGUAUAUAUAUUUUUUAAUAAGUUUAAACUUUAAUGUUAUUAAUUUUAUAAUAAAUAGAGCUACUGGAAUGGCCAUAUCCAUGGUAGCCGCCAGGCUUGGAGGUAUUAUUGGAAAUAUUGUUAUCGCUGCUCUGCUAGAUCUCUAUUGUCCAUUACCAACUUACAUAGUAGCUGUGCUUCUUAUAGGUAUAGCACAAAUAAUUUUGCCAUCAUAACAUUCAAUAUUCUCAGAUAAUUUUUUUGCUAAAAACAUCUUAUUAUGUUUUAGGCGGUGGACUUUUGUGUCUUAUGUUGCCUAACACCACAAGAGAGCCAUUAACGUGACCUGUUUAUGAAAAAAAAAAAAAGGUUAGACAAAUAUUUUAAGAUAGUAAUUUCAUUUUAAUUUAUUAAAGACAUUUUCUUAGUUUUAACACCUUCAUAUAAACAUAUUAUUAUAUUGCACAUAUUUUAUUAUAUGAUAUAUAUAAAUCAUUUUUAUUUAAUAUAAUUUGCAUUAAUUUGUUGUUUACUGUAUAUUUAUAAUACAUGUGCGUAAGUAUACAAACAUUUGUAUAGAUAUGUUAUCGAUAACAUUUCUAAUAUAGAUAUAUUAUUAUUUUAUUUUAUUAUUUUUUUUUUUUAUUAUUUAUUGUGAUUUUCUUGUGAAUAUAUCUGUUUACCUUAAUUAAUUAAAUGCAGGUAUUUUUAAUUAAGAUACUUUAAAAUUAUAGUGUUAAAACUAUAAUAUAUAAAGUAAAUGCUAUUCUUAACUUUUUUUAUGUUUGUUUAGUCAUAUUUAAAAGUUGUACAUAAUACCAAAUAUAAGUAUAAACAGUUAUUUAUCUUUUUCAAUUUUAUUUUUGUAUACAUAUAUAAUAUAUAUAUAUAUAAAUUCCAAUGUAUAGUAGAAUUGUUUGAUAACCCUGAACUUAAUAAUUCUUAAUUAUCAUUAACUCAUUGAAAAAUAACUCUUUACAAUUUUCUAUAUAGGUACCUGCUCAAAUUGUUAUUAUGUCCUUAGAUUUUAGAUUAUCAAUAUUUUCCUAUUUCAUAAGCUUUAAAGUUUUUUUUUUUUUUUGUUUCAGUAUAUACAUUUUUAUACUUAUAAAUUACAAUUUAAAAGUUAUAAAUACAUUUUGGAAAACAGAUGUUAUAAAUAAUAUAGUUAUUGUUUAAAUUGUAAAAUAUUAUAGUUUAACAGUAAUAUUAAUAAUAUUAAAAAAUAUUAAAAUGAAAAAAAAAAAAAAAAAUGUAAAAUGUGAAAGAAAAAGUAUUGGACCAAAUUUAGAAUAGUUUUUCAAUUUAACUAUUUUUAUUAAUUUACCUAUUUGGUAUUUCUCAAUUGUGUUAUAUAAUACGUACUGGUAUGUCGCUGAAUAUAUUGUGUGUUGCAAGAUAAUAUGUAAAAUUGUGAAUUUGUGAA